AUGCCUGGCAAGCGUCCGCCCCUGUUCUCAGCAGCCCGUCCCGGGAAGGGACCGCGUCCGCCGGUAGGUGAACCCUCAGACCAGUCUUUCCCAUCACCCUUCGCCCUGGACCGAAAGGCGGGUGGCGGCGGGGUUGCUUCCGAGCAGGUGACGCCGAGGGCAGCCUGGGGGGGCGGGGUCCUCGUUUGCGUGGGGGGGGGGAGAAGAAGAAGAGGCUGGCGGAGCUGGAGCUGCAGAAGCUGGAACCGAUGUUUACAGCGGGCCGAGGUAACCGCCCCUUCACCGUCCUCCGUCGGGGGAGACGGAGGGGGGCGGGGGGCUGCUCGGGGGGGGCGUCGAGAUGGGGAGCCCCGGGCGGGACGGGCCUGGUCGGGGCGCCGCGGGACAGGGAGCCCGAGGACGGAGCCCUCCGCUGGGGCUGCCGGGGGAGGCCUCUGCCGCGCGAGGGGGGCGGCCGGGAAGGCGGCGCUUCUGGCUUCCUGCGGCGGCAUCUUCACCUGCGCGGGGGGGGGGGUUUCCCGCUGCCUGAAAGUGACAGGUGUGGGGAAGCCGACCAGGAGGGCGGGGGUGUGUGUGGAAUGGCGCCCCCUCUCUUGAGUCGGUCGUGGAAGAGGUCUCCUUUUAAAUUAAUAGUAAUAAUAAUAAUAGUAAAAAUGUGUUAAAGAAGGUAUUAUCUGAAUAAAAACGAAAGCGGAGAGAAAAGGAGACGCGGAGGCCUCUCUCCCAGAAAGUGGCGGAGCCUCCCCGCUCUCCCCGGGGAGCUCCGUGGAAGAAGAGGUCUUUGAGGGAGCAAAGCCGCCGCGCGGGGACGGGCAGGACGAACGUUAUUGCCUUGUUUACUUGAAAGGAAAGGCCGGCCUUUCCAUACUCGGGGAGGUUGCCCAUGUCUGCAGACAGCCCGGCUGCUUCAGUCCUUGGCCGCUUCCUUUGCCAGUAGCCCUGCCAUUGUGGAAGGUGAGCGGACCAAGAUGCUCCCAGUGGUUGUGAUGCUUCCCAGGGUGUGAAGUGGUGAGUGACAAAAGCUCAUCUGGUGGGGCAGAAGUUUUGCACUUUGCCAAAGUUCAGUCUUCUCUUCUUCAGCUCUUGCUUGUUCUUAGGCUUGUCUAAAGCUGUCAAAAGCUUGGUCUAAUUAUUAUUAUUACAGAAUUGUUCUCAAUACUCUAUUCCUUGCUGUUCUGAAAUAAAUCUGUAGGGCAAGCUGCUCUCUUCCUUGCUGUUUUGCCCAUGGGCUCUCCCUUCACUUUCUCUUUCCAAUAGCUUUAGAUAGUUAACUCAAACAUGUAUAGUGCCAUUCCUUCUUUCAAGUGUUUUCUGAAGCAAUUCAUUGUGAUUUAGGAUUAAUAGUGUCCACAAUUCACAGCAGUUUAGGAUUGUUCUAAAUUUAGGAUUUUACUUACAAGCCUGGUUCAACUAUGCUUUGUUUUGCUUUUAGUUCUUCACAAAGCAGCAGUUCUGGGCAUGCGCACGGACUGAACACAGUAGGACUUAAAGCAUUGUUUAAAUAUACAUAAUAUCAGGCUGCUGUAGUUUGCUGAUCUGUGAUAUUAUCUCUGCCAGUUGUUUCAAUAAGUUAAGUGACAAAGAUAAUGCAAUUAGAAUGUGUAUGUAGACUUUCUUGUCUACUGUGACAUGUGGUAAGCAACAGUGCAGUGUAUGAGAGAGGUUGGGAAAGUUAGUGACACAUUGCUUAUUCUCAAAAAGCAUGUACUUGUAUUUAGAAUGCUUUAACAUGGCUUACUAGGAACCAUGCAGGAUUGCUGCUGUUGGGUCUCAUGUACUUUAUACCCUAGUGACAGUGUCUAAGUAUGUACACAGCAUUAUGACCUGAAAGAAGAAUUUUCAUAGGAUCAUAGGGCUGUAAGCGAUCUAAAGAGCAUUCAGUCUGAACACUUGCCCCUAAGACAGGAAGCUCCUUAUACAUAUCUUGGGUUAGUCAUUUGGUGUGUGUUUUUUUAAACCACUUUGGUCAAAUAUUGAAAACAAUUUGUUAGAAUUCUUACAGAAUUCUACAGACCUGUGCUUACUACAGCCCCUACCAUUACCUGGGUGUUAUAAGGGAAUUAACAAAUGGAAUUAACAAAUGUAAUCAGUUGAUAAAGUUAUUGAUGUUAUGCAAAUAUGUUCAUACUUCUACCCCUAAACCACAGUAAAUAGUACAACUGUUGAACUUUUUGAAAAUGGCAUCAAACAAACAAAACAUAUGUAGUCCAAGAUAAAAUUCAGUUUUAAACUGAGUAGAGAGCAGGAUGUCCCUACUCUUGAAUGAAAUUGCAUAUUUGGGAGUAAUGGCCCAUGUUUUCUACAGCUCCACAUACCUUUUGUCUAUCUUGUAUCAGAGGAUGUGAAAAUGCUAUUUAAAAGGUAGGACCUCUACUUACACUUGUUUGUGGCUUGACAGGAUAUUUGACAUAGUCAAAUAAAAGGCAAUCAAUAGACCAGCACCAGCCUGUCCGCGUCACAUGCAGAUUAAUCCAUCUCAUCCAUAUUACUGUGCCACAAGCAGAGAGCAGAGGCACCCAUAUAUAUAUAUCUAUAUAUAUCUAUAUCUAUCUAUCUAUCUAUAUCUACAUCUAUAUAUCUAUCUGUAUAUAUCUAUAUAUCUGUUUGCCCCAGGACAUAUUUUUAUAGAAAGGAAGGAUAGAAAUGCUGAAAAUAUAUGUAUAUCUGAGGAGUCUAUGAGGUUUGAGGAAUUACUAGGUAAAAUAAUGUUCAUGGCUCAGUUUAGUGAGCCAGGCUAUAUAUUUUAGGGAAAGACAUGCAUUCAUUCGGUCCCCUCCUUACAGUAGGGGCAAGAUAUUGAGGAAGAAAUUUUGAAAGCUCAUACAAAAAAGUCUUUUGUAUUUAAAAAUAAUCCAGGAAUCUAAAAAGUGUAUAAAAAUACUUUAGAUGUAGUGUUUCUGAGCUGUUUGAAUAAUGAAACUUGACAGUACAUACGUUGAUGAAAGGUUUCAGAGGAUGUUCUCAGUUGAUCUUUAGCUAGCACAACUUAACUUCCUUGCAGGGCUCAACUUCUGCUAUGUUUUCAUUGUCUUCCUUCCUUGCAUGCAAGCAAAUAGUACACAUUUCUUUGCCAGACUAUGGAAAAUCACUCUAUGUGUGUGUGUUGUGGGAAAGAGCUUCUUGGUAAUUAGCCAUUAGAUUCUUUUUAUCCAUCAGACUUCCUUUAGUUUGAUUGUGUUCCAAUAUUACUCAAGUACAGGCAGCACCUGAGAUUUGUCCAAAAAAGAAAUGACUAUGCAUUGCUUUGGGGACAAUUGCUGUUGUGCUGUAACUUAAAAUACUGCACUGUAAUUAAUAGUGGUUUCAGAAUUUUUUAAAGUGGUGUUGGUUUUAACCUGGUAAUUCUUUAAUCGAAAAACAAGCUUUUAACAGAAGUUAUGUUACAGUUCAUUUCUUUUCUAGAUUUUCAUAUGCUUUCAUUUGUGAACUUCAGUUUAUCACCUAGUGAUCAGCUUUGCUGGGAACUUGAAGUUUUGUUUGUAAAACUUUCUAUCAGGAUCUCCAUAAAGGGGUGGCUUAUUUAUAUAAAAUGGACCAGAUCAGGCCUGCACAACUAUUUCAAGUGACGUGUGCACAUAAAUAUGCAUGCUUCCUACUGAUAGUCACCUGAAAAGAAUUAAUUACAAAUUUGAUUUUAGAUCAGAUCAAUAUUGUAACCAUUCCAGUUCUUAAAUUUUGGGCUAUUACUGUCUUCAUUCAUCAUAUUGCUAAUUUUAUGAAGCAAUCCAUUUUAAAAGUUGAAAACUUUCGAUAGAGAAAUAAAAUAGUGGAACUCUUUUGGACAACAUUUCAACCCAUAUCACUGCCUAGGACUAGCAAUAUAAAGCUUGGUUGUCAAAGAGUAAAGUACGAAUGGGGAGAAAGCAUUUAUUAGAGGUCAUGGAAUGGGAAUCGUUUUUGAAAAGAUGGAUGUGAAUGCAGCUUUAAGUAUAGUGCUUUUGUUUUGCACUAAUAAUACAUCAAUUUCAGUGAAUAUACAAGGGCUAUUGUUUCAUGCUUUGUAUCUGGGUUGGGAAGAAAUGGGUCUUGAGCUGAGUAAAAAGCCCUGGGUGCAAAAGAAACAGCCAAGGUGAGCAGAAGUUCUACUCCAAAGUUAUUUGUAUACAGUGGUGCCUCGCAAGACGAAAUUAAUCCGUUCCGCGAGUCUCUUCGUCUAGCGGUUUUUUCGUCUUGCAAAGCAACCCUAUUAGCAGCUUAGCGCUAUUAGCGGUUUAGCGGCUAUUAAAGGCUUAGCGGCUUAGCGGCUAAAAGGCUAUUAGCGGCUUAGCGGCUUAGAAAAAAGGGGGGGAAAGCGAAAAAAAUCGCAAGACUCGCAAGACUUUUUUGUUUUGCGAAGCAAGCCCAUAGGGAAAUUCGUCUUGCGAAGCGCAUCGAAAAACGGAAAACCCUUUCGUCUAGCAGGUUUUUCGUCUUGCGAGGCAUUCGUCUUGCGGGGCACCACUGUACACUGUCGUAACAGCGGUAGAGUACUACUACUGCUUCUUCGGUGUUAAAUUACAACUGAUCAAGUGUUAUAAAUGCUGUAGGAUUGUUAAUGUUGCAUUGGCAAGAAUAUGUUCAGUAGUAGAUCCAUCAAUGAAGUAGUGUCAAUGUUUAAAAACAACUGUUGUGGUAAUUCUCACUGUUUUUCAGGUAUGCUUAAGAGUAGACAGAGAUUUGGAAUGUAACUAAUGGAGUGCAAAACUGACUGUAAUACUUGCUUUUAUCAAAUAAUUGUUAGGUGGUAAAUAUCCUGUUUGUUGUCUAGCAGUAACAACUAACUGAUGUAGUCUUGGGUUUUUUCUUCUAGAUUUUAAUGGUGAACAUUAAAUUUAAAACAUUUAAUGUGUGUGCUGUAAGAAUUCAGAGCUUAGUUUUGAAGGCACUUCAGUGUGCAUUUUAUUGGAAUGUUGUGGUUUUAACCUAUCUAAUAUUGAAUUGCUCAUUUUAAAGAAUCUUAAAGAGCUAGUAUUUGUAGCACUGGAAUAAGAAAGUUCUAUCAAAAAUAGUUAGCAACUGUAUCCCUCCUCCCAACAAAGGAGAUGGUGCACCAGUCUAAUGCGUUUACUUAAACUUCCUUAAUUGUUUGCAGGUUUUGUUCUUUAAUUGUCUCAGUGUGCAGCUUUAAUUAGAGGAUUCAAUACACUACUGUAAAGGUGUACAUAAUACUCAUACGUGCAUGAUGAUUUGUUUAACUCGGAGGAGCUUACCAGGUCCAUACAAUGAGUUUGUAAGUUCCAUAGCUUAUUUGCUUGAAAGGAAUUAUGUGUAUUUUCACGAACAUGCUAGAAAAUAAGUUAUAGUUGUGUGUAAAGUUGUCAGUCCUUGACUGUUGGUCUACCACGAGUAUAUUACCCAAAAUUUCCUUCUCUAAUGAUAAACCACUUAUAAGCAGAUAUUUUGAAAAUGUUUUCAAGCAAACAACUUUUUUGCUUAUUUAAUUGAAGUAACUUGGUUAUAGUCAGGCAUAUAGAAAAAGCAAUUGCUGGUAUGCUAUUGUAGUUCCCUUAGUUAAGCUGCUGUGACUUUAGUCCUCUGAUUGUGACACUUGGUUAAAAAAAGGCAAUCCAGUGUAUAUUAUUGAGAGUGGAAUUAACUGUUAUGGGAGACAGGGCUUCCAGUGGACACAGUAUCCUCAUUUCAAGGUCUGCCCUUCCCCAGCAAGUAGAAAACUUCCUCUAGGUCAUGGUUCUGUAUUUUUCUUCACCACCAGAAGCCGGUGAUGACAAACGGGAAGUCAAAACUCAAGAUGCCACCAUAUGUAAGGGAAGGAAUAUAAUUUAUUACAGGAGUUUGUUUCUGGUGGUAGCUCGAUGUUCUGCCCUCAGCUGUUCAUGGUUUUGCUAUUGUGUCAGAGGCCCCAAAACCCUGAGCUGAGUUGAGAUGACUACUUUAGACAGCAGAUUGGGGGUGUAAACUGUAGAGUGAGAAAGGGAUGGACUCAAUUGUGCAGCUUCUCAUUUCAGUGGGAUUUGUGUAGGAGAACUUUCUGUAGAUUGUACCUCAUGUUAAUUAGUGAGAAGAAGGAUACCGUUUGGAUUUACUUUAUCGGUUAUCAAAAUGUCUUGGGCUGCUUCUGUUAUGUACUGUGGGCUGAAGGAAGGCAUUUGUGCAUUUAGCAGUACUUAUCACCUUCCACUAAUAAUCAAGCCAGUUUGACAGCACAUAGCUCUGGAAAAAAUAUCCAUUUGUAGUUUAGAAACAACAUUUUGAGGCCUUGAUUAUUAACUUGUGAAUGCAAUGACAAUGUGUUGUUAAUAAUCUUUCAGAUCUGCCUGGGUAACAUAAUGCCAGCAGAGCGUAAGAAGUCGGCAAGCAUGGAAGAAAAAGAAACAUCAUUAAGUAAUAAAGAUAAGGAGUUCAACGAGAGGCGGUCAGGUAGCAGCCGGGACAAACCCAAAGAGGAUGUCAGGCUUGGCAUGAAGAGAGAAACGUUAAAACCACCUGAAGAUAAAAAGAAAAAACUGGAGGAGGAGAAACGGAAAAAAGAAGACAAGGAGCGGAAGAAAAAAGAUGAUGAGAAGAUAAAAUCUGAAGAAGAGCAGAAGAAGAAAGAGGAGGAAGAAAAGCAAAAACUUGAAGAAGAGGAGAGAAAAAAGCAGGAAGAAGAAGUAAAGCGACAACAAGAAGAGGCAGCUGCCCAGCUGAAGUAAGACUUUAUUAUUUAUUUGCUGCUAGUACCUAGGUUUUCACACUCUAUAAGAGAGGGUGCUGGGACACAGAUGGGGAAGCACAGGGAGCUAAGGAUUGGGUGGGUUGAAUAGCUCCAUGGAAAUUGUAAGGGAAGUUGCUCCAUUUGAAAGAAGAGCUGCGUUUUCCCCUUGUGCAGAAGAAAUGCUUGCUACUAGGUUGUUGGGCUAUGGAAGUACAAUACAAAUAGACAAGCCCCACUUCAAAAAGCUUAAGAAAUACUGAUGCCCAGGAACCCAAUAUACCGUAACUAGUUCUGUGCACCCAAGGUAGCUUUCUCCUUGUGUUCCUCAAACUACAGAUCUAUUUUUCCACAUCAUAAGCCACUCUUGGAGCUUAGUAGACUUUGCUAAAUGGUUUGUGAUAUGGGGGGUUUGCUGGUCAAAUACAGUAGGAAAUCCCACUGGAAAUGCCCAACAGAGCUCUUUAGAUGCUGGUCUGAGUAUUUGUGGAAAAUUUCUGACUGACAAGCUACUUCAUUUUCAAAGGGUUGCUGGUUAGAAGCAUCACUUCAUUACAGUGGUACCUCUGGUUGUGAACGAGAUCCGUUCCGGAGGCCCGUUUGCAACAUGAGUAGAAUGCAAUCCGCGUAUGCUCAUGCACGGGUCGCGAUUCACCGCUUCUGCACAUGCGCAUGACGUCAUUUUGCAUGUCUGUGAAUGCACAAGCAGUGAAACCCGGAAAUAACCCUUUCCGGUACUUGCGGGUUGCCGCGGGACGCAACCUGAAAACGCUCAACCUGAAGCAAACGUAAUAUGAGGUAUGACUGUAUAACAAUAAUGUCAUUUUAAAAUAUUGCAGUACAGAUAAAGGAAAAAGAAAGCAAGAUUACUUGUUUAAUGAAUUUUGCAAUUCAUUAGGAAAUUCAUUUAUCUGCACUUUACUGCUUUAAAAUUAGUGCUAUCACCAGACUGAAUAAAUUUGUUGAUUACUCAGACUAGUUCCGAUUUAAAUUUGCAUAUAUUGAAAGCAUUUUAAAUAACAAAAAACAUACUCUUAGACGGUGAAUGUAUAUGUUGCAGCUGGCACCAUCUUAGUGAAAUGGUCCCUUGCGAGAGUGAAAGAGGAAAGAGGAAAUUUUCUAAGAUGGCGCCUGCCAUCUGUAAUCUUCAUACAUUCAUGGGUGAAAUCCAGUGCUGCAUCCACUUGACCAACAGGCGUUCACCCUCCUCGUCUCUCCCCUGCAACUGUCCAAGUCCACCCAAACCUCCUCUAGAGGGUCCCCUAAACUUCCAGAGCAGAUUUUGGGAGGGCAGGUAGGAGAGAAAGGUGAAGUCUGUUCUGUUGCCACAAAGACGUCAUUUAUUGCAACCUUUAAAUAAAAAAUAUGUUGCUCUGUUAAUUAGGCUUGCCUUUUUAGUCUAUUACAAUGUUUAAAAUUUCAGCCCUACUUAAACACAAUAUUCUUCAUAUUCUGUUUAGAGAGAAAGAAGAAGCCCAUCAGCUCCACCAAGAAGCUUGGGAGCGCCACCAAGCAAGAAAGGAACUCCGAAGUAAAAACCAGAAUGCAUCAGACAGCCGCCCUGAAGAGAACUUCUUUAGCAGGCUGGAUUCAAGUCUCAAGAAGAACACUGCCUUUGUUAAGAAGUUAAAAACUAUCACAGAACAGCAGAGAGACUCCUUGUCCCAUGACUUUAAUGGCCUCAAUUUAAGCAAGUACAUUGCAGAGGCUGUUGCUUCUAUAGUGGAAGCAAAACUGAAAAUAUCAGAUGUGAAUUGCGCUGUGCACUUGUGUUCUCUGUUCCAUCAACGUUAUGCUGAUUUUGCUCCAUCACUACUUCAAGUCUGGAAGAAACAUUUUGAAGCCAGGAAAGAAGAGAAGACAUCCAACAUUACUAAACUAAGAACAGACUUGCGGUUUAUUGCAGAAUUGACAAUAGUUGGGAUUUUCACUGAUAAGGAAGGCUUGUCUUUAAUCUAUGAACAAGUAAAAAACAUUAUUAAUGCUGAUCGCGAAUCCCACACCCAUGUCUCAGUGGUUAUUAGCUUUUGUCGGCACUGUGGAGAUGACAUUGCUGGAUUGGUACCAAGGAAGGUUAAAAGUGCAUCAGAUAAAUUUAACUUGAGUUUUCCUCCCAGUGAAAUCAUUAGCCCAGAAAAACAACAGCCUUUCCAAAAUCUGCUGAAAGAGUACUUUACAUCUUUGACCAAACAUCUGAAAAGGGACCACAGGGAACUGCAAAAUAUUGAAAGACAAAACAGGUAAUAUUUUAAAUGCUCUUAAAUGAAUUGACAGGUUUCUAAUACUGGCUAGAGUUUCAAAAUGGAUUGGGUAAAACUUUUUUCCGCCCCAAGAAACCACAAAGUAUGAUUUCAUGCUUUGAGGUUUGAAUUGGGGGGAAAUGGACUAACAUUACAAUCCUACAUGUCAGAAGCAAGUCCCAGCGAGUUCAGCGGGGCUUACUCCCAGGUAAAUUCUCAGUAGACCCACUGAAAUUAAUGUGCCCAAAGUCAUGUCUGUUAAUUUAAAUGGGUCUACUCUGACUAUGAUGUUGGAUGCAACCCUUAGUCUUAUAACCAUCUUGUAGGUCUAACAGUGUCUUCUGCCUCUGAUUUGGAAUUAUUCACAUUGUAAUUUAGGAAUGUGCUAGCUUUUUUUUUUUUUAAAGCCCUAGCAGCUUCUGUUUUUCCAUGUGGAUGCACUCUAGUUUACAAUAUUAAGUAUUUUACAGCCUCCUAAAUUUCAUUGUGCCUGCUUUCCCUUAGUAAGCUUUUGGUAUAUCGUAAAAUAUGGUAAAUGGGGGUGGAGGAACAGCAGCUGCAUUCCAAACUGGACCUACAUCCAAAACAUGAGUUUGAGGGAGAUGUACAUUAAAACCAAACAAUCAAUACAAUCAUUAAUCUUUUUAAAAAAGUAAAAUCAAAACAUAGAGGUGGUAAUUUGUCAUGGAUGCAUUACUUGAGAUUUCUGCAUUGCAGGAAGUUGGACUAGAUGACCCUCAGGGUCCCUUCCAGUACUACUAUUCUAUGUCUCUAUAACAAAAUCAAAGACACCAAUAACAAUUCAAAAACUUAAAACAUAAAUAUUUAAAAACUGUGAGUGAUACUCAGUAUUAUUCAUACUCAAGAGUAGAUAUGUUAAAAUCAUUGGACUUGAAACUUUUGGUGGGUGGGUCUACACUAAUGUACCAUAUAUACUCGAGUAUAAGCUGACUUUCAGCACAUUUUUUAUGCUGAAAAACCCCUCCUUGGCUUAUACUCGAGUGAGGCGGGCAGCAGCAGAGGGACGAGCGGCCUAAAAGGAGCCCUUUCUCACCGCUGGUCCUGCCGCUGCCACCCGCCUCUCAAGGGCAGGCACAGGAGGUGCGGUUGGGAGAGGCACGCUGUGCCUCUCCCAACUGCGGCUCCUAUGCCUGCUCUUGCGAGCGGCAGAGGCGGCAGGGACGAGGGGCCCGAAAGCAGCCCUUUUGGGUUGCUUUUUUUCCUCCACCGCUGCCGCCACCACCAGGUUUGUGGUGUGGUGAACCGGCUUAUACUUGAGUCAAUAAGUUAUCCCAGUUUUUUGUGCUAAAAUUAGGUGCCACGGCUUAUAUUUGGGUCGGCUUAUACUCGAGUACAUAUGGUAGUUAGAUAUCGCUCUGCAUUCCUUAAGAAUUGUUUGCAGAUUUGUAUAGAAGAGAAGUGGAUGGGGUAAGUGUGGGAUAGGGCCACAUAAAUUUAGGGAAAUGGGGCAAUGAGAAAGGUAAGGGAAGUUAUGUGUAACCAGAGAAGCAAGAUACAAUAUCACAUAAGUAUGUGUAUGGAUGUUUAAUUCUGCAGGAAUGGUAAAUCCAUGUGUGUGAUGGCUCAUUCCAACACCUGUGUUUCCUGACUUGCCCCACCUCGACUAUUUCAUUAUCUUCCUCUUGUGCAUUACAUUUAAUGAAUAAAAUUGAGUUUUAAAAUUGCUGACUUUGAAGCUAUUACUUUAAGAGUACAGGUUCCCCAUUGGCAUGAAAGAAUGUCUUCCUCACCCCUCAGAUGAGUUUGUAAUUUUGUGGAUAGCAUUGGGUGUAUUGCCAGCAUAGGUCUGCAAAUAGUCUCGAUCAAAAUAUUGAGGUGCACCUGCAAACUCUGGACUCAUUGCACUGAAAGAACUUGCUCUUCUGCAACAUUUCUCUGAAUGAGCAGUUCUGUGUUGGCAUCUGUCUGUCUCGAGAGACAAUGAAGCAGUGCGCCUUUGGGGGUGAAGUCAAGCUGUUGAAAAGUUGUGGCGACUGCUGUGGCUGUGGAGACUGUUCUGGUAGAGACAUGCUCAUUUGCAGCUGGGGCAGAUGGAAGCAUCCGGUUGUGCUGCUGCAGGUGCACCAUAGCAUUUCUUCUCUCUGUGCUCCUGCCAUAGGUCAUUUCUACUUUGGUCACUAUGGAUACACGACUUGUCUGCCUGUCUCCAGGCACUGUGGUUGUCUGCAAGGGAUUCCCACAUGGCAGGGUUGGUGUUGCCAACCUUCAUGUCAUGUUUGCAGACAUCUUUGUAACACAGAGUUGGUCUGCCAACGGGCCUGGUGCUUAAAACUAGCUCCCUGCAGAGCACGUCCUUGGGCAUCCUGCCACCUUCUAGUCUGUGGACAUGACCAAGCCAGUGUAGAUGUCCCUGAGACAGGAGUGUGAACACACUGAGAAUGUUGCUUAGGAGAGCACAUCUUUCUUUGGAACUUUGUCCUGCCAUGUGAUACCCCAAAUUCUCCUGAUGCAGGUGUGGAAGGUGUUAUGGUGUUGCUCCUGACAGUUAUAAGUUGCCCCGACUCCCUUCUAGAAAUCAAUGUGUUCAGCACACAAGCCUGGUAGACCUUCAUCUUAGUACUGGGCGUUAGCAUCACAUUCUUCCAUACCGUUUUGGAGAGGCGACCCAUUGUCAUAGCUGUCUUGCCAAUACGCUUGUUCAGCUCAGCAUCGAUUGAGAGAUUGUUGGUGGCUGACCAUAAGGCCUUUGUCAGGUCUAUGAAGGUGCUUCUGCUGUUGGCAUUUCUGCUGCAGGUGGUUCAGUGAGAAAAUGACAUCUACUGUUGAGCUCUGAGCUCUAAAGUCACAUUGCAAGUGACUAUAAUAUGUUGUGAACUACAUGGGCGAAGGCUUUCCGCACAUUACUCAGCAGAGAGAUCCCACAGUAGCUGCUGCUUUUGUUCUUGCUGGAGUCACAAAUGUCUUGUGGCAUGGAUCCUUGCUCCCAUCACUGCAAGAGGAGGCUGUGGAGGUUUGUAAUGAGGAAAGUAUUUAAGCUGGCUUUCAGCACUUCUGUUGGGGUUCUAUCCUGUCCUGGGGCUUUACCACAUGCCUGAGAGUUGAUAGCAUCCUACAACUCGUCAAGGGAGGGAGGAACAUCCAGCUCUUCCAAGACAGGCAGAAUCUGGAUACUUUUAAUUGCAGAGCCCAUGUUUUCCUGCGAGUACUAUUCUUGAUGGUGUUCUGCCCAUUGCUUCAUUUGCUUGCUGUGAUCUGUGAUGAUAUCUUCUGACAAGGUUUUCAGCAGUGCAGUUUUCUUGAUUGUUGGUCCAAAGGCUUUCUUCAUGCCUUCGUACAUUUUGUGAGUGUUCCAGUGUCAGCAGCGUGUUGGAUGCUGUGGCACAGCUUUAGCCAGUAGUCAUUGGCACAUCAUCUACCAAUCUGCUGGGCAUCACUUCUUGUCUUUCUCACUGUAGAAAGUGUCUUUUCACAAGGAGCAUGCUUGUAGUUCAGGAGAGCCUCACACUUUGCAGCAAUAACAGGUUCCAUGUCCUUUAUCCUGGCCUCAAACCAGUCAAGGGUCUGUUGCUCUCUUUUGCCAAGGAAGACCUAGCUGUGCUGUAAAUUGCUCGCUGUUGUGGUUUCACCUUGCUUUGACACUAUUUCUGGGGCAGUUCAGUAGAGCUUGUUCAACAGAAUCAGAGAAGCAUUCACGAAGUUCAGAUAUGACUGUUCUAGCAGUGUUGAUUUGAGGGCCACACUUAAUGCUUUGUAAUAUAGGCCUUCUUUGGCUGGAGGUGGAUCUUGCUCACUACCAGGGACUGAUCCAUGUUGCAAUUGGCUCUGUGGUAGCUCUGUGUGACAUGGAGUGUGUGACACCGAUCGCUUGGUGACAAUCAAGUUCAGUUGGUGCCAGUGGCCUGACCUUGGAUGUCUCCAGGACACGAAGUAUUUUGCCUUGGUAGUGAAGAACAUGUUUGUGAUGCAGAGGUUGUGAUAUGAGCACAGCUCAAGCAGCCUUUGUCCGUUCUCGUUCAUGCUGCCAAUACCAAAGUAGCCUAUGCAGUUGUCACAUGUGUGAUAUUGAAAUAUCCCAGCAGGAAUAGGUGUUCACAAUCUGGGACCCUCCUGACAGCCUGGUCUAGUUCCUCAUAGAACUGGUCUUUGGUUUGUAAGGCUAAGGAGUAACUUCCUACACAAAUCCGGAGUGGAGUCCCUAAGGCAGUUGGAUGGUGUCCCGUAUGCCUCCUUCCAACAACUCCUGCAUCCAAGCUGGUGCCAGGCAUAUUGCUCUGCUUUUCUCUGGACCACAUCAGCAACAACCCAGGACCUCCAUACACACUGCCCUGGCUUGCGCCCCAGAGAGGUCACUUUGGUGCUGCAAACACAGAAAAACAAAACGAGGUGGCAGUCACGAGUUAUAAGAUCAACCUGAUUGGUGUAUGGUACAAGUGCUACUGGUUGCUCCCAUUGGUGGGAGGGGAGAGAUCAUUAUGUCAAGAUUUCUGCAUUUGUGAGAACUCAUUUAUGAGAAAGGCUUCAAGAGUAAACCUCAAGGAAAACUCAGUACCUGCUGCCUUGUGGGACAUCUUCAGGAGAAGAAAAGGCAGUUCUGUAAAGCGGAGGUAUUCGUUAGUGAACACUGUAAGCAAGUGUUUACAGAGCAGUUGCUUUCUGGAGCAUAGUGCUUUGAGACGCCAACUGAGAUACUGUGUUAACAGCUUUUUCAUCCUAGCUGCAUGCUACUGAAUGUGUACAGGGUCACUUCCUAACUGCCAGUCUGAAGCAGAGGCAGAGCUUUGAUGUCUAGCUACCAAUAUCCAGUGUUCACCCCUUGUGUUCAUCCCUUGCUUUCCUUCCAUUCUGGGUCUAAAAAGAAUAGAAUUGUGAAUGUUUAGUCCUCUAAUCACCUGCGCGAGUAACCCUACAUUUGCAUAUUACUAUUAUUUAUUAUAUUUAUUAGUCAGUUUUCUUACCAAGUAAUUCAAAGCAACUUACAUAAAAAUCAGUUAAAAUCCUAAAGACACAAUAUAUUGUAUUUUUCUGUGUAUAACACAACUCCAUGUAUAUAUUUUUUCUGGGUAUAACAUGACCCCUUUUGUAAGUUCACCGAGAUGUUGAGAACUGGUGCUGUAACUCACCACGUAUUGGCACUCACUGCGUACUCUUCCUAGGCCAGGAAGAGCAGGCAAGCAGUCUCCUCGCUGAUGUUCCCUGCUACCGCCGUGGCUCCAGCUCUUGCUUGCUUACUGUAUUUCCUUGUGUAUAAGACAACCCCCAAUUUAUCACUAAAAAAUUUCAGGGGAAAAUGUCAUCUUAUACAUGAGAAAAUACAGUAUGUAAAAAGAGUAAAUACACAACUAAAUAAAAAAGCAUAUCCGUAGGCCCUACCCACUAAAAGAGGCAAUACCACUCUUAAAAGUUAAGGGCCAAAAGUCUGGGGGAAAAGAAAAUUCUUUGCCUGGCACCUAAACCUGGUUACAGAUGGAACCAGGUGCCUUAGGGAGAGCAUUCCACAAGCAAGAGACCACUGCUGAAAAGGCCUGUUCUCAUGUCCUCUCCCUCUGAACCUCCCAUGGAGGGGAACACAAAGAAGGGUGAUGACCACAGGAUCCAGGUUGGUUCAUGUGGGGAAAAGUGGUCCUUGAAGUAAUGGGAUCUUGAGCCACAUAAGGCUUUAUAGGUCAAAAUCAGCUAGUGCAGUCCUGCCAGUAUGGGUUUUAUAUAUUCUGACUAUCAUACGCCAGUCAGCAGUCUGGCUGUCAAAUUCUGGUAAUGUGAGAUGGGCCGCUUCAAGUGGCAAGUUUUGGGGGCACUGUUAAAGGAUAUCACAUUGCCACCUGUUUAGUUUCUUCUCGUAUUUUCCAUCACUUUUGCGAAUAUGUGUUAGAUUUGAAUUUUCUUUUGUAAGCACUUUCUAAUGACUUGCUAUAUGGUCAGAUACGUUUGCUAAUGUGCUCUUUGGCAAUGACACCUGUAAUAAUUGCUUUGAGCUUAGAGCCCCUUUGGGUGCAUUCAGGCUUUUGGAAAUAUUUAAAUGAACCCUGAAUUGUGGCACUCACUCACAAAAUGCUUGUGUACUUUGCUCAUUCUUGUCUGGCUGCUCAUCUUUAAAUUUAGAACCAAUGGUGCUUUGAGUACAUCUAAAAGAGGCCUGUUGAGAUUGUUCAUAGUACAUUACAGUGGCACAUUGGGAUGCGAACAGCAUCCGUUCUGCAGCCCCAUUCGCAUCCUGAACGGAAUGUAAGAUGCAACAGUGCGCAUGCGCGGGUCGCGUUUCGCCACUUCCGUGCAUGCACGUGACGUCAUUUUGACUGCGCAUGCGGGAGCGGCGAAACCCAGAAGUAAUGUGCUCGGUUACUUCUGGGUUGCCACGGAGCGCAACCCGAAAAUACUUAUCCUGAAGCAUAUUUAUUCCGAGGUAUGACUAUACUGUAUUAUUCUUUUUCGUAUUGUGACUUCUCACUGUGCAAAAAUGCUAUUUUUUCCUUCUAGCACACUUAAAGAAAACAUCACUGUCCAAAGUGGCUUUAUUUAAAAUUGAAUAAUCCCCUACAUGUGCCUUGGUCUCCUUAAUGAAAGGGAGGGAUAGUAGUGUAAUUGAUUCUCAGCUGAUUAACACUUACCAAUCAGAUGACUUAUUCCCUUGUUCUGAUUAUCAGGAGAUGAUGUUAUUCCUUGGUCCUGCUCCAAUCCUCUUAAUUAAUCCAAGUACAGUGGUACCUCGGGUUAAGUACUUAAUUCGUUCCGGAGGUCUGUUCUUAACCUGAAGCACCACUUUAACUAAUGGGGCCUCCCGCUGCCGCCGUGCGAUUUCUGUUCUCAUCCUGAAGCAAAGUUCUUAACCUGAGGUACUAUUUCUUGGUUAGCGGAGUCUGUAACCUGAGGUACCACUGUACAACACUUGCAAUCUUAAUCCUUUAUUUUAACAGCCACUGGUGUGAUGACUUUUGUUCGUAUUUAGCUAUUCCAUAUUCAUUAAUUUGCAAGCAGUUUAUAUCCUGUACCUUUCUGUGAAAUAUUUGUUUGCAUUUGUCCUUCCCUUCAUGUUGUAAUCAAUCAAUCAUAUUCAGCAUCCUCUCCACCCCCAAGGGCUGAAUUCUCAUUACGCCACAGCCUUAUGCCAUCUUGCCUUUUCAAACCAAAAGUGAACUGGCAUCUGACCAUGGCUCCAGGCAGACUUCCAAUAUUUUCUUCUUUCAACCUUCCUAAUCUACUAACAAGCUGGUGUCUCACCAAAACCAUAAUAAAUCAAAGUUAGAGCCCCCUUUAGAAGGUAAUACCACCAAUCCUCACAACAUUUUCACACAGUCUAUUCAUUCAAAUAAUCCAUAAAAAAUUAUGAAGUUCUUGUUAAUUCCCUCUUCCAUUCCAUUAAUAGUUCUAAUUAGUGGUUUUUUUCUGGGGGAAUGCGAGGGUGCGCAUACCCCUAAACAUUUUGUGAAUCUAAGCUUGGCCUCAUUGAGGGGCAGUAUUUCAAUAUGAGUAGGAAAAGGAGAGUACCCCUAAACAUUUUUUAAAAGAAAAAAGUACUGGUUGUAAUCCAUUGAUAAUUAUAUUCCAUUAGUAAUUCUUCUUCAGUGAAGAUUUGCCGAAUCAUAAAACAACAAAUAUAAUGUAGAGAGAGAACAAAGGCUCCCCUUCACUUACAUUCCAAUCCAGUUACGGCCAAAAUCCUCUCCAGAUCAAAACCGUGGCGGAUUCAUUUAGAAGGUUAUCUUGUCUCCUUCAUCCAGAACACACCUGUUUCUUUAGUCCAAAUUCAAAUCCAUUUUAAGAGAACAGAAGGACCUCUGCUCAUGGUGACCGUGUUGGAGAGUUUCCAAUAUGUGAAGUGCUAUGCACUCAGCGUCCCUGCCCCCACAUUCCGUUGGAACGAGAGGCAGAUAUUGGAUGAUCUGCAAGUGAGAGCUCACCCCCCGACCGGGGGGGGGGGGGCUUGCAAGGAUAAUUACUCUCAAAUUAUCCUUAAUUGGUUGCAUGGCCGGUGUCCACUAUUGUGGGAGCCGCUGUUCACUCUGGCGGAAAUUGAAUUGAGUUUGAUCCCUUCAUCUCCGUUUGCAUCCAUGCACUCAGUCAUCAAAUUCAUGCUGCCAUCAUUCAAUAUUAGCCGGGUGCCAGCCACAUUUUGUGACUGGCAACCAACCUUUUGUGACUGGCUGGAGAUGUCCAAGUGCCACCCUUCCCACCUAGCAUCGGCAAGAUAGGAAAACAUUCAUUCUUUGCUGCUGAGCUACUUUUCUAAAACACCUGAUUUGCUUGGCAGCAAAAUAAAAUAUUUUAUUUAUUUUUGCUGCUGCGCUGCUGGCUGAAUCAGGUGUUUUGUGAAGUAGCGUGGCAGCGAAAGACAUAUCUAACCUACAGAUCACCUGAUUCUCCUGGCGGCUUUUUGUUUUGUUUUAUUUUGCCAGGUUGCCUGAUCUGGUAGCGUUGCAGCAAAAUAAUAAUAGCAAUAAACAUAAAAAGGUGCCUAGACAUUUUGUUUUGGUGCCCACAACCUAGGUUCCAGGAGCCACAUGGCUCCUAGCUUUCAUAUCCCAGUUUCUAACACUGCUGAUUUCCCUCCUAAUUCACUAGCCUCUGUUUGAACAGCUUGCUUGCUUGCUUGUUUGUUUAUUAAAUUUGAAUGCCACUUUUCAUCCAAAGAUCCCAGGAUGGUUGCAUAAAAAUAUCUUGCAUAAAAAUGCAAGAUAGAAACACAAAAUACAUAAUAAAAACAAUAAGAACAAACCAAACUAAUAACCUCCCCCCCCAAAAAACGACACAUAUAAAAUAAUAUAGGAUGUUAAUCGGCUUAAGGCCUGGUUGAAGAGUAACCUUUUUGCCUGGUGCCUAAAGGUAUAUAAUGGAGGCUCCAGAUGCACCUCCUAGGGGAGAGUUUUACCCAUUGUACCUUGCUGCCUCCUCCUGGAAUUCCUUCCUAAAACCUCUCUGGUGUCACCACCCUUCAACAUCUGCCUCUCUUGUGAAGCCCUUAGUUUAAACUUCAUUAUUCUGCAUGAAUAUGUAGUUAUAUGUAUGUAACUGGACUUGACACUCAAUAUGCCAGCAAGUUUGGAAAACUCAGCAGUGGCCAGAGGAUUGGAGAAGAUCAGUCUACAUCCCAAUCCCAAAGAAAGGCAGUGCCAAAGAAUGCUCCAACUACCGCACAAUUGCACUCAUUUCACACGCUAGCAAGGUUAUGCUUAAAAUUCUACAAGGAAGGCUCAAGCAGUAUGUGGACUGAGAACUCCCAGAAGUGCAAGCUGGAUUUAGAAGAGGCAGAGGAACCAGAGACCAAAUUGCAAACAUGCACUGGAUUAUGGAGAAAGUUGGAGAGUUCCAGAAAGACAUCUACUUCUGCUUCAUUGACUAUGCAAAAGCCUUUGACUGUGUUGACCACAGCAAAUUAUGGCAAGUUCUUAAAGAAAUGGGAGUGCCUGAUCACCUCAUCUGUCUCCUGAGAAAUCUCUAUGUGGGACAAGAAGCUACAGUUAGAACUGGAUAUGGAACAACUGACUGGUUCAAAAUUGGGAAAGGAGUACGGCAAGGCUGUAUAUUGUCUCCUUGCUUAUUUAACUUAUAUGCAGAAUUCAUCAUGUGAAAGGCUGGGCUGGAUGAAUCCCUAGCCAGAAUUAGGAUUGCCGGAAGAAAUAUCAACAACCUCAGAUAUGCAAAUGACACAACCUUGAUGACAGAAAGUGAGGAGGAAUUAAAGAACCUUUUAUUGAGGGUGAAAGAGGAGAGCGCAAAAAAUGGUCUGAAGCUCAACGUCAAAAAAGCGAAGAUCAUGGCCACUGGUCCCAUCACCUCCUGCCAAAUAGAAGGGGAAGAAAUGGAGGCAGUGAGAGAUUUUACUUUCUUGGGCUCCAUGAUCACAGCAGAUGGUGACAGUAGCCACGAAAUUAAAAGACGCCUGCUUCUUGGGAGAAAAGCAGUGACAAACCUAGACAGCAUCCUAAAAAGUAGAGACAUCACCUUGCCAACAAAGGUCCGUAUAGUAAAAGCUCUGGUUUUCCCAGUAGUGAUGUAUGGAAGUGAGAACUGGACCAUAAAGAAGGCUGAUCGCCGAAGAAUUGAUGCUUUUGAAUUAUGGUGCUGGAGGAGACUCUUGAGAGUCCCAUGGACUGCCAGAAUAUCAAACUUCCCCAUUCUGAAGGAAAUCAGCCCUGAGUGCUCACUGGAAGGACAGACUGUGAAGCUGAGGCUCCAAGACUUUGGCCACCUCAUGAGAAGAGAAGACUCCCUGGAAAAGACCCUGAUGUUGGGAAAGAUGGAGGGCACAAGGAGAAGGGGACGACAGAGGACGAGAUGGUUGGACAGUGUUCUCGAAGCUACCAGCAUGAGUUUGACCAAACUGUGGGAGGCAGUGGAAGACAGAAGUGCCUGGCGUGCUCUGGUCCAUGGGGUCACGAAGAGUCGGACACGACUAAACAACAACAACAACAACAACAACAACAACAACAACAACUGGAUUUGAUCACAUCCAUUCCUUUUCUUCCCCAUGUCUCCCUCCUAUUAUUUGUCCCAUUAUUGAAAUUUAUAUUUCAGCCUUCAGGGUUCUAGCUAUGCUUGCAUAACUUUUAAGUACAAUCAUUGUUUUAGCCAAAAUAUGGGGUAUAAUUUGAAAAUAAAAGCGAAUCUAUACUAUAAGUAGUAAUAGCUAUGAGAAAGUGAAGAAUGCGAAUUUAUUUUAUUUCAAAGGUAUUGAUAAUUAUUUUUGGAGCAGCUUACAAAUAGGUUGCUGCUGAAAAUGUAUGGCUUCAAAGAAAACAUUUUUUCCUCUUACUGAUCAUAUACUGAUCUUUUUCUUUAAAGAUUGCAAAGCAGCUUUAUCCUCCCUUUUUAUGGGCUCAGUAAUACGAUUUUUAAUAGUCAAAUAUUUGUUGUUGUUUUUUAAAAUAAUAUUUAUUAAUAAUUUCAGAAUUACAGAAAAGAAAGAAAAAAUAAAAAAAACACUACAAUGCAUAAAAAGAGGAAAAAACGCAAAACAUAAGACCAAUACAACAAUACAGCAAAAAAGGGGAAAAAACCACACACAAAUCCCACAUUACAUAUCUUUAACUUCCAUUUGCUUGUUUCGCUGACCUCACACCUCCCUUUUUGUAUUCUAGUUUAGUUAGUUAUUUCAGCAAAUUCGUUCCAUCUUUCUCAAUUAUUAUUAAAUAAUUUAUCUUAACAAUUUAACCUAUUAAUUAACUCGACAGAUCCUUUCCAUCUUUCCCCAUAUUCUGUUAUUCAAAUUACCUUAAUUUAUUUAACCUUAUCUUACCAUAAAAUACCUUAAAGCUUGAAACUUAAUACUCAGUUAUACAUAACUCCUGAUAUCAUUUCUACUAGAGUCAUAUAGUUUCAUUCCAACAUUUUCCCUAAUAUUCAUUAAUUUUAGACUAAUUCCCUAAAUAAAAAAAUUUUCUUUAUAAAUUUUCUUCCAAUCUUCAUCCAGCGUCUCUUCUUCCUGGUCUCGGGUCGUGUCAGUCCUUACUGUCCAUUCCAUCUAGUCCAUCAACCUGGAAGUCUUAUGUCCGAGGCCCUUAAGUCUCUUCCAUGUCCCUUCUGCAGAUCUUCUUCUUCUUGUUUAUACUUGCACUUUUCCUUGUCUUUUGUUGGUCUCUUUCUUAAUUUCUUUCCUUUCUCAUUGAGGAGUAGGUCUCUGGGGGGUUCCAACCCAAAAUUAUCUCCGUCUCCCUUCAUCAAACCAGCCCAUUCCCCACAGUCCCACUCCCCACAGUCAUCAAUAUAAUCCAAAUAAUGUUUACGAGCAUAUUUCGAAAUCUCUCCAAAGUUAAGAGCCUCCUCAGCUCCAGACUCCCCCUGGCCCACUCCAACUUCAAUCUUCAAAAACAGCGGCUUAUGCUUCUGUAGGACCUUGGGUCUCUCCAUUUGUAUUAUUUGGGGUGCAGCCACAGCCUCCUCCAUUAUCUUCUGCACUUGCCCAAUCAAUACAGGUUCCUGAGUUGGACCCUGGAUGGUUUCUAUAUCACUAUUCACUAUUUGUCCACAGUUAUUGGCCACAACAGUCAUCAAAUCCAUUUUUUCAUUCAUCAAAUCCAUCUUCUUGUGCAUCUGUUCCAACAAAGCAUUUGUCUUGCAUAAAGCAAGCACCAAAACUUCCUUCCAGCUCAUAUUUAGUCAAGGUCAAAAGGACUAAUCCCACAAUCCUAAUCUCACAGCUGUGGAUUCCUCAAGUAGACUGCAGCAACAAUUUAGCAAGCUCUCUCUAGAGGAGACAAUUUCUAUUUGUAUCCAUCUCUUUAAGGCAAGUCCAACAAAGGAAAAUUACUUUCAUUUUUCAGAUAUUUUGUUUCUUUAGAAUGCAAAAGGCAACAUUGGAAUCAGUUUAUUUCUCUUCUUUAGCUAUCUGUCAAAGUAUUCCAUUCACAGUCAAUGAACCUCUCAAACAAUUUCUGUCUCUGACACCCCGUUCCCAGGUUAGAGACGGUGGAAACUUAUCUUUCUUUACUCCCUCUCCUGCAGGCGUUACACAAAAUCCCCCCCCCCCCCCAAAUAGUCAAAUAUGUGUUGAUGUUGAAUAUUCUUAAUGGAUUUUAACUCUGGAUAAUUCUAAGAAGAAUUAAAAUCUAGAGUUACAAUUGUUUGUCCAUACUUGGAAUCUUCAUUGCUCUCUUUUUUCUUGGUUUAUAUUUCUAGGCGUAUUCUGCACUCUAAAGGAGAGUUGAGUGAAGAUCGGCAUAAGCAGUAUGAAGAAUUUGCUAUGUCCUAUCAAAAGUUGUUGGCAAACUCCCAGUCUUUAGCUGAUCUCCUGGAUGAAAAUAUGCCUGAUCUCCCACAGGAUAAACCAGUGCCUGAAGGUAUGGAAUUUCCUAGUUCAGAAGGCAAACUUUUUAGUUCUGAUGGAAACACAAAAGCAUAUUAAUAGCUAUUCUCCCCCCCCCUUUUUUUUUGAGAAUGAAAACAAAGCAAAGUGAGCAACUUCUUGUGAUCAUUUUGUUGCUUUCUUCCUAGUAUUGCUUCUUGGUGUGUCUGCUCUUUACUUUGCAAUCCUCACUGAUUUCAUCCUUGUGUAUAUUAGAAGGAAUUAUGUGACAAAUUGAUACAGAUACUGAAAUCUGCUGUAAUACAUAACAUUCUGCUUUUUAUAUUCCAGAACAUGGGCCUGGCAUUGACAUUUUUACCCCAGGCAAACCUGGUGAAUAUGAUUUGGAGGGGGGCAUCUGGGAGGAUGAAGAUGCUCGAAACUUCUAUGAGAACCUAAUUGAUUUAAAAGCAUUUGUGCCGGCUAUUUUGUUCAAGGAUAACGAAAAAUGUUCCCAGAUUAAGGACUCUGGUAAAGAUGAUUCUAGAGGUACAUUUUUAUUUUUUUGCAACAUUGUUUUAGAAGUUGUGAUAGAGAGGGUAGUCGCAUUUUAUCCUGAUCCGUGUCUAUGCCAGCUCUGCAGCACAAGUGUAUCUUCUUAACAAAUUGCACUUUGCUAGUACGAUACCUAUGCCUACUGAAAAAUCACAUGAAAACUUUAUUUUCUUGGAGGAGUAAGAACAGUGCUUAAAACUUAGUGAAAAAUGAAGCUGUUCUAAGAGGCAGUUUAAGUGUCAGUGAUUAAAGAGACACUCGCUCUCUGUAUUAUAUUUUCUUCAGAAACUGUAAACUAUGAACAUGGAGGGUCAAAGGGCCAGGUAAAAAUUGUGAAAAGUAUGUACAUCUUACUAUUUUUAAAACAGAGUUAAAGGAAACUAAGGAAAACAAAGAUGUGUCUGGUGCUGAUGAUCUGGAGUUGGACCUGGAGAAUCUGGACAUUAAUGAUGAUGCUCUUGAAUUAGACUGUGGUGAUGAAGCAGAAGAUCUCACAAAAAAGCUUCUUGAUGAACAAGGUAAAAAUAAUAUGGAGAGGUAUAUUUUUGUCUUUAUUAGUUUUCCUAAAUUGAAUUUAUUACCGAGCCAAUCUAUAGCAAUGCGUAUAAUUUUUUUCACAGUAUUGACAAAACUGUGGAUACGCUACUUCAUUUUGGAAGCAUUUGCGAUUGUGCACAAUAGUACUUUCAUCCACUCUGUUACAUGACUUCUUUUUAGUGUUUCCACGACCAAAGAUGCUUCUAUGCCUCAGCCAGGGAAUUGCUUUCAGUGAACUAAUCUUCAUUACUACUAGGGCAUGCUGUCAGUAAUACUUGUUCCCUGUAAUUUGAUGUCAUUGCCUGUCAGCAGAAAAAUUGCUCCUUGGCAAGGGUUCAUUAAUAAUGCCAAGGGAGCAUGUUCUGCUUCCUUACACAACCCAGCGGUGGCAUACCUAGAUGGGGUAAACAGCUGUUGAAACUGGUGCAGGCUAUUUUCUAUAUUAUUGAAUUGAUGUGAGAUUUUCCACUGAGAAGCAUGGGAAAUUUUGUUUCUAAACACAGUGAGGUAAUGAUUACUCAGCUGUUCAAAACAAUAUAUCUUCUUGAUGUAGAAAGCAAUAAGAUUUUGUUUGAUCUUAUCAAAGUGUUACCACAUUUUCCCAUUAGGAUAGCCGUUUGCAUGGCUUUUUAUUAACAUCCAGUUAGCAUGGGACAGCAAACCAAACAUGGCUAAGUAUGGACGUACAAGUGUGCAGGUACUCAAAACAGAAAUCCUGUCCACUUUGCUCCUCCCCUUCUCUUCCUCCUGCUGCUGCCAUGCUUUCGGUCACUCCAGACAAACCACAAACUGCAGCCAAGGUUUCUUUUUGGAUUACCAGUCUUGGUUUGUCUAAAGUGAAACAAACAUCAAGCCUGGGUUCAGAUGUACUGUUAAGCCAAGCCAUGGCUUAGCUCCCGGUAACAGCAGCAGAAGGACCAGGGAGGAAUAAAGUGUCUGGGAUUUCUUCUGUGAGUACCUGCAUGCUUCUAUGUCCAUGCUUAGCCAUAUUUUGGGUCAGUGCUACUUGUGAACCAAGCCACUAUAAAUCUUACUAUAGAGAAAGCCUUUUUGGAUUAAGUGAACUCCAAUUCCAGUUUUGCUGUCAAAAGUUGUUUUCCUGAAAUAGUUCUCUGCUAGCUAUAGUCUCGUUUUCCAGGGUAAAUGGCAAUUGUUGAGGAACUUAAUCAUGUUUGGAGGAUAGUAUUCACAAACUUGCUGCCUAGCCUUGCACAAGUCACAUUCUCUUAACUUUAGUUCUCCUGUGUAUGGAAUAUGAAUUAUAUAGUGACCUACCUUGCAAGGCUGUUAGGGUGAAUGAGAUUGGUUGUGAAGCACUUUGUGUGGUUAAAAGUGUAAUGACAUCUGUGUAUGAGUGAGAGAAAGCAGGUGAGGGGCAGGGAGAGAACAAUAAUUCAAUUCCGUUCAUUGAAUUCUCUCCCAAAUUGUAAACUAAUACUAAAAAUCUACUAAAUUGUGUGGAUAUUUGACCUGCUGAUAAUAUGGUGGUGGUUGUCUUUAAAUAAGAAGCAACCCAUUGCUUGGAACACUUCUCAGUCUGUCUUAAGAUUCAAAUUUUAGGAUAUUCAUCUCAGCACUGUUUAUUUUUCACAUAGUUUAUUAGUGAUAGUGAGAUUAGAAUAUUAAUAUGCUUUAUACCCCAAUAUACUUUAAACAAAAACCCUGACUGCAUACUAUUAAUAUGGAAAGUAACAUGAACUUGGGGAGGGAACAUCUACAUAAAGGAAGAGGAAAUUAUUUCUUUCAUAAUAAAGAUUUGCUUCUGUGUCAUGUUUUGUUAUGGGUGUGUUUAAAUUUUUUUGUUCUAUUUUUAAUAUGAUUAGGCAAGAAACAGGGAGCAGAUAGCACCGGAGCUGAAAAUAGUGACGGAAGGCAAGCUGCACGAAGUGAGUUUAUAGGUGGUGCCUAAGGAGAAGAAGCCGCUUAAAGCAGAUAAGCUUAUAGGGGGUAGGGAGCAGAUAGAAGUUCUAGGCAGAGUGACUCAUGCCAAAUUAUCUGUAACUAGAGGCGUUUUAGAUAAGUGCUGUGUCAGGCUUCUAUAUGGGAGCAAAACAAAAUACUUAAAAUGGUUAAGAAAAAUGGUUCAGACCCUGCUGAUAAUCAAAUUAACUUAGGGGUGAACUUGAAAUUAGUUCCUGUAGGUGAUGAUUUUGUGUUUUGGCUGCCACUUUGAACACAUUCCUCUUGGAAAGCACCUAGAAGUUAAUGUAAAGCUUAAGUGAAAACAGAAGGAAAUUUUUCAGUGAGGACUAAGACAAACCUCACCCAAAUGUAAAUUGUGUUUUUGGUCACACCAACUAACUUGCCACAUAAAAGGUAAACCUUUUAGACUCACCACAUUUAUCAGAAAUGAAAACCUUACUUUUUAAAAGAUUGCUUAUGAAUCUCCGUUCAGAAACCCAACCAGGGUCCCUAAAAAUCCAGAGAGGGUAAAGAUUUUCUUCUAAGACAAUGAAAUACCAUAUUUCACUGCAUACUGGUUGCCACCGCAUAAAUAGUUGCGCCACCCUUUUUUGGACUCCGAAAAUGGUCCCAGAGCAUUCACUGCAUAAUGGUUGCAGGGUAACUUCUAAGGCUCCACUAAGCCUCAAGCCGCCCCUGCCCCGGCUUCCCUCCCACCUCGCCAUCUCAGCCAUGAGCUCCUAGGGGGAGCGGAGCAGGCGGGAAUGUUUCUCCCCAUUCUCCUGCUGCUGCUUUUUUAUCGCUGUUUCAGCGGGAAUUGAUGCUGGGGACAACUGGGCCACGUGGGCUGAGGGGAGAUGGUGGUGGCCCCCAGCAGGCCUGGCCACAGCUGCUGCCGUCGCCCCUCGUUUGCUGUUCCUAUGGCAUUCCUUACGAAACUUCCUGUCCGAAUUUGAAUGGCUGUUCCGCUUUUGCAAUGCAAAGUAUAGGGCGGUUUUGUUCACUGUACAGAUUCUGAUAGAUGAGCGACACUGCUGCGUCUCAGUAGGCUGGACAAGAGAACAUAUGCACAAGGGAGGCUUCAUUUUUACUGAAAGGUACACUAGUGUCUUUCUGUUUUCUCUCCCCAUGGUCCCAAUAACAACAGUGACUUUGUCUUUGGCUCUCCCUCGCUCUCCCUGCGCUGCCAGCCCGGCUCCUCAGAUCCACCUGCUGUUGUCCCCACUUUAUUCCUUGCAUAAUGGUCACACUUUCAUAUUUCCCCAUGUAAUAGUCGCACCCCCCUUUUUGAAAGGAAAAAUCAGCACAAAAAAUGCGACCAUUACGCACUGAAAUGCGGUUUCAGCAAUGGUUCAGAUAACAUGUGAGGGUAAUCUGGUUUUUAAAAUGGCUAAUUUAGUUUAUUAUAAAAAAACAUUUUUAAAACAUUGCAACCAUUGUAAGUUUAAUACGAUGCAGGCAGCAAGACCUCUCCCCUCCCCUGAGUCAAGACAGGAUUGGGGGAGGCAGGUUGGGUGAUGACAUAUUUUGCCUGUCUAGUAAAGCAAACCAAAAUUUGUGGGCCCCUCUUCAUAUCACAUAAAGUUUGAAGGGGCAACUCUUUGUUUCAGUGUCUGCCUUAAAACUCCUAAAUGCUUUUUUAAAAUGCGGCCUAAAUGCUGAAAUAGUUCUACACAUUAGUUAAUUUUCCAUCUUCCUUACCUGUGAGACCUAUUUGCAGUCCAAUCCAUAGUGUAUAUAGUCUGACUAGGCGGCAUUAGUUUUCAUAACAGUAGGAGAAGUGUUGUGGAUGAGCAUGUAAGAUCUGUCUGUAUUAGAUAGUAUUUAGGUAAUGGGAACCAAGUUUCUUUAAAAAAUAUAUGCGCUGUCUGGAGGUGAGAGAAUUGACUGUGGCUUAAACCUACUGAGAGUACAAAUCGUUGCUCUAGGAAAGGAGACAGAUUUCUGAAUUCUCUGUAAUCUAAUCCUUUGCUAUUGGAAAGUAUAAUGAAACAAGAGACUGGGAGCCACAUAGAAAGCCUAGGCGGGCAACCCCUGCUGUAGAGGGUUGGUAAUUGGGUUCAUGGAAGAAUCUUUCCCUUAGUGUUUAAAAGGCCACUUUCAAUUUCAAACCUGAAACCAGAAACGGGUGGUGAUAUCAAAGCUUCCCAGGACUGGAACUCUGAGGAAUCCACAAACCUAGAUGCAAAUGGGACUUUGGUUCCCAAAAAGUCUCUGUUGUCAUUCUCAGUUCUACUAGGAGAGGACAAAUAUAGAUCUCUUUGGUCUUCAUAGGUUAGUUCUUCUUGCCUACUCGUGCCUCUUGUAUGUGUCCUUCUUUGCUGUUGCUAAUGAAAGUAGCACUGAACUUUGCUGUCUCUUCUAUGUGCAUUUCAAAUCUACUUUGCCCCAUUUCUAUUUUAUCUUUCCCUUCAAAGAUGUUACUAGGGAAUGGCCUAUAGGGAUUGACCAUUUUUCUUAUGUUUAUUUCCUCAUUGAAAAAGUGUGAUUCACUUCCCUAAGGUGAGUGAUUAUAUAGGACUUGCAAGCAUACUUGAACAGUUAAUGUAUCAUUACUACAGUGUGUGAGAGCUUUUGGUUUCUCUCGUUUGUUUAUUGUUUAUUUUUUUUAAAAUGGCUAGAACAAGAAGAUGAAGAAGCCAGUACCGGGUCACAUUUGAAGCUUAUAGUAGAUGCUUUUCUUCAGCAGCUCCCAAACUGUGUAAAUAGAGACCUAAUAGACAAGGUACAGUAAACUUGUAGUGUUUCUCCUUUAUAUCCAUAAGUUGGUUAUUGGAUGUUGAUAUAAUCUGUUAGAUAGUUUUACUGUUAUAUGCCACUCUUACACCCGCUGUUAAUAUGGUAAGAUGCAAGUAUACAGUAUAGCAGAAAUUCGGUCAAUGUUGGCAGUAACAAUCACAAAUAAAUUUUGUAAAAAAUGUCCUAAAAUUUGAGAGAGAUUGGUGAACACUGCUAGCCAUAUACUUCAGUUUGUCAGCAUUUCUUUCUUGGACUUAAACCAGUGAAUUGUGUACCAAUUAGCUCAGGUGCUCAUAAAUUGACCUGAAUAUUUGCCAGCAGUUACAGUUCUAAUCUACAGAGCAGACACAUUCUGACGUGGCUGUGGCUUUAUUGGCAAAUAAAUGUGUAUAUAGACUAUUCAAAAGCAAUAUUCUAUCCUUCCAAGUGAACUGUGAUUGACUUAAUUAAAAAAUGGUUGGACCACCAGAAGUCAAAUGAAAUGACAUAACAGAUGUGAUCUUGCCCAGGAACUGCCAAUUGGCCUUCUUAAGGAUGAAAGAAACUAUUGUUUCCCAUGUGUAGAAGAGUAUGUGACACUCUUUCUUUUCACCUUUUAAACAAUCUGUGUAUUGUCAGAUUUAAGUGCCUUUCUUCUUGCAGGCAGCAAUGGAUUUUUGCAUGAACAUGAAUACAAAAGCAAAUAGGCGGAAGUUGGUUCGUGCUCUCUUCAUAGUUCCUCGUCAAAGGUAAGUGUUGAUGUAAAUGUCAUAUUAAUGGUCAUGGCAGAGAUACCUUAAGUAACAGAGACAGCAAACAAUGGUUUAAGCUAAAAUGACCUCCCAAAGCAGCAGGAGCAUGGUAAACAAACACACGUAGAUGCCUAAUUAGUUCCAAAAAAUAUGUCAUAUCUAAUACAAACAGAUGCAACUGUUUAGUCAUGAAUUAACCCUAGCAAGAAUAAAAGGCUUUCAAACAUCAUCUUCCAACAGGUAACUGGAUUAAAUAUUGUCACAUUUCAUCCCUCCCUUAUGAGAGUUUCAUACCCCACCCUAGUAUUUAGACAAAUGUGGAUUUUAUGAAGUUAAAUAGGCAGUGUUUUGUGGACUCUGUGAAGUUAAAUAGGCAGUGGACUCUAGAAAUGGCAUUUCAAUAGUGGCAUUUGAAUAUUUUCAGAACAGGUGAGCAGAUGUGAUUCUAUUCAUUUCUUUUCCACCUUCAUGCAUGUAGUUCUGUAUAGUCAAAGAAAUAUGAUCAACAUCUGUAGGUAAAAAAAAAAGAUAUUCCUUCCAAGAAGGUAGCUGAAUGUACAUGUAUAAAUAUAUCAGAAGUACACUUACAAAACAGAACAGUUAGAACUUUAAUAUUUUUCUAUAUAAAAUAAUGCUAUAUUGCAUGUGUAACCUUUUGUUUGCAGGCUGGAUUUGCUACCAUUUUAUGCACGGCUGGUUGGCACAUUACAUCCUUGUAUGUCUGAUGUAGCAGAGGAUCUCUGUUCCAUGCUAAAAGGCGACUUCAGAUUCCAUGUAAGUUUCUAUUUGUUUUGCAUCUCACAGAUUCAUUUAGGAAAUGUUUUAAAAUACAACAGUGUGAAAAAUUAAAAGUAAUAAUGCUGACAGUGUCAUAAUGGAAUAUGAUGAUGCUGUUUUUAUCGAGUAAGACUCAGUUUGUGAGAGUAAGUUUUCAAGGUAUUACUCAAUAAACUGAUGUCUGACCAGCAAUAUGUAUAUUUGUGAACAGACAUAUAAUAGUUGUACCUAACAAGAGACUGGGUUUUGUUAUAGAUGUUAAUCUUCAGAAUAUCCUAUGUCUUUUGUUACCUUCAUCUAGUUCACCAGCUACGGCCUCAGCACUGUAGCCCAUGCAUUGGUAACCUUAAGGCUAGGUUACUGUAAUGCUCUUUAUGUGGGGCUGCCUUUGGGUCUGGUUUAGAAGCUCCAGCUGGUAUAGAAUGCUUCAGCCAGAUUUCUAAUGGGAGCUUUGAGAACAUGCGACACAGUUCUUAAAACAGCUGCACUGGCUGCCAGUCUGCUACCAAGCCCAAUUCAAAGUUCUUACAUUGAUUUACAAAUCCCUGAACAACUUUGAUCUAGAAUACCCCAGGGACCACUUGAACCCAUAUACAAGCAACUCUCCCUUUGAGCGGGGGUUGCGUUCCAGGUCAUUGCAUGCCUGUUCUGCCCCCUUCCGGGGCUGAAAGUAACACACAUGGUGGUGGUCGUGUGUCAAUUGGACACAUGCAAAAUGAUCACCGCCUGUAUAGCAGCUUGAUCACUGAGAUAAUCUGCAGGUGCUUCUUUGGUCAUUCCCCAAGUUGGUGAGGCUUGUUUGACAACAACAAGAAAUUGAGUCUUUAGUGUCGUCGGGCCAGUCUGUGGAAUACUCAGCCUAUAGAGACUCAGCAAGCGCCUUUUGUGCCAGCUAUUAAACUCUUGCUGAAAACUUUUCUGCCAGGCUGAAGCAUCCCCCACAAUAGUCUGUUGAUAGAAUUGUAGAGUUGGAAUGGACUGUGAGAGCCAUCUAGUCCAACCCCCUGCAAAUGCAGGAAUCCUUUGUCCAAUGUGGGGCUGGAACCCACAACCCUGUGUUUAAGAGUCUCAUGCUUUACUGACUGAGCUGUUGAUUUGAGCUGCUUUUAAUUUAUUUUUGCUUUUAAUUUGUUUUUAACUUACUGCUAUUUUAUUAUUUGGUUUCUUUGAUUUGUUGUAAAUCACUGUGAUAUAUAUUUAUGAUACAGUGAUAUAUGUGUAUAUAUUAGAUAUAGAUAUAUGUGAGAUUUCCAUGAGGCAGUGUUUUUUACCUGUGGUCUGGAAACCUCCAGAGGUUCUCAGGAGCUCAGUGAAAAUGCUACAGAGUUCUAUGAUGCGUGCACUGUAUGCAGAAAAUGCAACCUAUCUGCUAGUUUAAAUCUGGAAGUUUAAAAUAGAAAAACCAGUUGCCUUUACAGCAGUUCAUGUAACUGCAGUCCUCCGCUUCCAGCAAAGAGCUUCAUUGGACCACGUCAACAAAGGAGAUAUGCAGCAGUUGCAUUUCUAAUCUGAAAUAUUCUCAUGUAUCCUCUCAUGUGAUACCCCAAAAGUAUGACACCUCAAACUGGUACUAAAAAAAGAGAGAUUUUGUUGAACAAUGAAUUCUUAGAAAACUCCAAGGAUGAUAUAUUUGAACAAUUUAAUAACAUAAAAGUGUUGAUGAAUACAGAAUGCUAAAUCAAAUCAAUAAAUGCCUCUGCUCUUGCGUGGUUUUGUAAUUGUGCAUUUUUGUAUAUCAUAAAGCAGUCAUUCUUCAAAAAUACCCCCACCCCAAAUAAACAGGUACGUAAUAAAAAUAUAAUUUGGCCAGAGAGAGUCAUCUUUAAUUUUUAGUGAUUCACCUGGCCACUUCACUAUAAGUUAAGAAGUAACUUAAGCAAUUAAAAGUCUUGAGGAUGUUAUUACUGUUAUAAAGAGUACCAAUAUGAUGAUAACUCUACUGAUUAAAUCUGCAGGCUAAUCUUAUAAAGAUAUUUGUCGCAUUAACUUUUAGUACUAAUGUGACUAUUGGCUGGGACUCGGAGUACCAGGACCAUCUCCUGCUCCUGGUGGUGCUUAUUACCUAUUUAAACAGCAAACUCCUGCGCCAUAUCUCAAUCUGCUUUUGAAAGUCCACUUGAUUUCUACUUAGCAUAGAGAGCUACUGCUAAUGAAGCACAAGCCCAAUACUCCUGGGACAUGUGAAACUCGAUGUAUACUUAUUUGGAUUCUGGCCAUUGUGUUUCAAUAUCCCACCAAUAAAUUGGAUUUAAAAUUGGUUAUUUUAUGCAAUCUUUUUCCUGUUCAUGAACAAAGAGGCAGGACUAUUUGCGCCUCGGCAGUCCUGCAUGCAUAGAAUCUGGCACCGAGAGGGAAAUCUUGAGAAUGUCAUCUGUCACUCAGAAACAUUUGGGAAGAAUGGAGGAGCAUAAUUCCAUAGUUCCUGAUGCAAAUAUAUCCACAUAUCAUUUGUUUGCCAUCAUUGUGAAUUUUGAACCCAUGUUUUUAGAAACGUCCAAACAUUAUUUAUAGGACUCUUUCUUUGAUUGUAAUUCAGUUAACUCAUUGAAAUCCUCCAGGAAAAGAACUGAAUCUUUUAGCCAUAUCCCUGAAAAUAUUAUACUGAUUUUAUUAUUUGCAUCCUAAAUACAUCCAGUGUCAAUUUUUAUACCAAAAAACACUGUUUUAAUUUUAUUUUUUAAAACUGCCUUAACUGAAGUAAUAAAGCCAGAUUUCAAUUUAACAAUUAAGGCUAUUCUCAAACCAUUCUUCUGCUUCUCCUUGUACUGCACUCCCCCAGCCCCUUGUUGCACUCUGGCGAGUGUGCGUGCACGCACAUGAACAAUCAAAUAGACAGCUGCAUAUCUGUUGUGGGCAAUAACAUAUUAAUUCAUUGCAUACUAAAAGUAAAUCUUCCUGUAUUCCUAUGUUUAGGUGAGAAAGAAGGACCAGAUCAACAUUGAAACAAAGAAUAAAACUGUGCGAUUCAUUGGUGAACUUACUAAGUUUAAAAUGUUCUCCAAAAGUGACACUCUGCAUUGCUUAAAGGUUGGUGCUCAUGUACAUUGAGGAUCAGUUCACAUCCCCUUUUUCUUUUAUUUUCCUGGCAUACUCAGAGGUUCUCUAGACAAAGCUUGUGUCGCAAUAUACUUUUUAUAAUGGCAGAGGGAAUAAUUGGGUGUGAUCGACAGUGGGUGUGGUUGUAUUACCAUUCAGUGUAUAUUAUCAUUUAAUGUAUAUUUUUAAGAAUUGGAAUUCCAUCACUAUAGAUAAGAUGUGAUGAAGCUGUGCUGCCACUUUAAGAAUUUCACAUUUUACUUUAGCCCCAAACAAAGUUGAUUUUGAGCCCACUCUGAAUACUCUGAUAAAUUAGUAUGAAAGGCAUUCUAAAUGUAAUUUAUUUCCACAGAUGCUCUUGUCUGACUUCUCUCAUCACCAUAUUGAAAUGGCAUGUACAUUGUUGGAGACUUGUGGUCGAUUCCUGUUCAGAUCUCCAGAAUCUCAUUUGAGAACUAGUGUCCUUUUGGUAAGAAUAAUUUUUUUUAGAGAGCUGUUUUUAAAACAUAAACGUAACAGCCUGCUGGGUGAGGCCAAUGGCCCAUCUAGUCCAGUCUCCUGUUCUUACUAAGUGGGCUAAGCACAUGCAGUCCCUGAGCACGAGAGCACUCUCCCUCCUGCAGUUUCCAGUAGCUGGUGUCCAGAAGUAUUGCUGCUUCAGAGCAUAGCCAUCGUAGCUAGUAGCCAAGUUUGUGGCCAUCACUGCCUCCUGUGGGAGCAAGUUCUGUAGUUAAGUCCUGUGCUGUGUGAACAAGCACUUUCUUUUAGCUGUUCUGAAUCUUCCAACAUUCAGCUUCGUUGAAUUUGUGAGAGGGAGAACAAUGUUUUCUCUCCGUGCCAUGCAAAAAUUUAUAAACUUCCAUUAUGUCACCUCUUAUUCGUCUUUUCUCUAAACUAAAAAGUCCCCAAACACUUCUGCCUUUCCUCAAGUUGUUCUUUGACAACUCUUUCAAAGCCAUAGUUACAAUAAAAUGUUCUAAGAUAUGAUUCUAAUGCUUAGCAGGUGGUGGGCCAGUUCCUGUGGCAGAAGAGACGCUUCCCUACCCAGUGUAACACAUUUUAUUUUAUGCAGUCUGUCCUUGGGGGCAAAGUCACACAAAUCAGCUUUCUCCUCCUACGAGUCUCUGCCUGGAACAUCCCCAUAUAUUACAGGAUAAGGGUUUGUGUAGGGGUCGGCAACCUAAGGCCCAUUGGCUGGAAGCAGCCCACAGAGGGGUCGGCAACCUUAGGCCCAUGGGCCGGAAGCAGCCCCCGAGCCGCCCCUGAACCAAGUUGCCCGCUCAAGCGAGUCCCCGCUUGCAGUGAUAAAUGGGGACUCUCUUCCAUGGCUCCGGAAAUUGCUUCUGCGCAUGCCCAGACACUGGAAAUCGCGUCUUCACAUGUCCGCGGCGCCGGAAAUCGCUUGUGCGCAGGUGCGAUUUUUUUUGGCAUCUGGGCAUGCGCAGAAGUGAUUUCCGGUGUCGUGCUGCGCCAGUCUGGCCCACAGAGGAUCUCCGUGGGAGUGAUCCAGCCCAUGCCCGGUAAGCCUUGCCGACCCCUGGGUUUGUGGGUUGAGAUUUGUGGCAGUUGCUUACUGACAGUGAGAAUUGGCUCCCCCCUUUGGUAGCCAUCUGAACUGGCGCAAGAACUUCAGCGGAGAAUUAUAUGCUUAGCUAUCAGCAGCCUUGGUGGGCAGAAAGCACAAGGAGCAAGGAUAUGUGUCUUACCUUCCUACAUUAUCAAAUUAUAGUUAAAAAUAUAGGGCUGCACAUUCAGCAAUAGUUGUUAGAGGUGCAAUGUAGGAAAGCUAAGUAGAUUUUAGCUUGUGAGCCAGAUCAUAUUUCACAGUAUGAUUUUCUUGGUAGAAAAUAGGUUUUGGCUUUUGCUUUAGCGAGAAGAACAAAACAGAUGGCUCUUAUGAAAAUUUAGUAUGUCUGCACAGGGUGAUUAUUUCUCUUUGUUUCCAGGAACAAAUGAUGCGAAAGAAACAAGCAAUGCACCUGGAUGCACGCUAUGUCACCAUGGUGGAAAAUGCCUACUACUACUGCAAUCCUCCUCCCGCUGAGAAAACAGUGAAAAAGAAACGCCCUCCUCUCCAGGAGUAUAUUCGGAAGCUCCUUUAUAAGGAUCUCUCCAAAGUCACUACUGAGAAGGUGCGUUCUCUUCAAACUUGGUGGGUUUCCCCAAAAACCAUUAUCCAGGAAUAGAACAACUUCUAAAGCAUGAAAUCUAAAGUACAUAGGAUUUUAAAUUCAAAUUUUCCUGUUUUAUUUUUUUAAAAUGAAUGAGAUUAUCAGGGAAGUAAGCUGAAGGACGCUAAAAUGAAUGGGAAAGUGCAGAUCAGAUAGCUAACUUCAAACUAAUACACCUGAAUAUUGUCUUGAAUAUUAAAUUACAUUAAAGUACUUAAGUCCUCAGGAGCAAUAUGUUGAGUAUAUCAUGUAAAUAUUUACUUAAAGCAAAGAUUCUUACAUUUGUUAAGUUUAGCACCUAGACUUUGAAAAUAAGCCUCCAAAAACUACUUGUCUGUAGCAUUCUACAAGCCCGCCUGUUUCUCUGCAGCAUACUAAUGCGUUUGUGGCACAUGUAACAGCAUGAUAGUUUUUAAAAAAGAACUUUUACAAAUGUUCUGCCUGUGGAAACAUAUCAGCUUUCCCUCAGGUACUGUUCUGGGGGUUCUCUUGCUCUUCCCCAAGCAAAUUUCAGGGGUGGGGAGAAGGGGGAAAUCCUGUUGUGCAAGCAGAAUCCCUUCCACAGGGCUGCUUCUGGUGGGGUUCUUUAUGUGAAUCCUCUCUUUACUCUCUUGGCAGUUUACAGUGAGUUGGGAGUCCUUUCUUGGCUUCAGUCCUUUCUUCAAGGGAUGAAUGGGACAUCCUUUCCAGCAUGACUAAAGACAGCAGUAGCACUUUUAUAUGAUGGGUUCAUAUGUCGGCUCUGAGUGUGUGUGUGUUAAGAUAACAGGUCACAAUGAACUAUGGGUACCCCAAAGUACUUUUUUCUUUGGGGGAGGGGGAGUAACUUUACUUAGUAGUCAACACAUAUGUAUGUAAAGCAUCCAACUUUGUUUUUUUUCUUUUUGAGUUAAGUUUCUUUAAAAUCUUGUUCAGGUCCUGAGACAGAUGCGCAAAUUGCCCUGGCAUGACCCUGAAGUGAAAGACUAUGUUAUAUGUUGUAUGAUCAACAUCUGGAAUGUGAAAUACAAUAGUAUUCACUGUGUAGCCAACCUUUUAGCAGGACUGGUACUUUACCAAGAGGAUGUUGGAAUUCAUGUUGUGGAUGGUGUCCUAGAGGAUAUUCGGCUAGGAAUGGAGGUAAAAAACUUUUAGGUUUUUCUAUGUGAAAUAGAACAUAGUACAAAACAUUUAAAAAGAAGUUUAGAAAUUAUGUACGUUAACUUUUUUAUAAACAUUUGAGGCCCAAAGUUGAGGAAGGAUGCACUAAGUAAAAAAGCACGGUAGGAGUUGACAUGGUUGUUUUAUAGCAUCGUUGUCCUUGACAUAAAUGGCUAGACUGGAUUGGUAGUUCUUAGGACAAGUUUUCUUUUUUAAAAAAAAAUAUUUAUUGAGGAUUUUAAGAUUACAAAGAAACAAAGAAAAAAGUAGACAAAAAGAGAAAUUAAACAAUACAAGUCAAUAAAAACAAAAGUCAAAGAAAAAAACAAAUCACACAAAUACAUCAAAAUCAAAAAGCAAAAAUAAACAAAAAAUUUAAAAACAAAUCCAAUAUUCCCAAAUCUUUAUCUUUCAUUAACUUGUUUCAUGGACCUCCUCACACCUCCCUUUUUUGUAUUCUAGUUAUUAAUUAUCUCAGCAAAUCCUUUCCAUCUUUCAUAAUAUUCUGUCAUUAAAUUACCUUAAUCUAUUUUAACCUUAUCUUACCAUAAAAAACCCUAAAACUUAAAGCUUAAAUCUUAUUUAUACCAAUUUCUCAUAACCAUAACAUAUUCUUACAUAAUUCUUUUUAACAUUUCUGCUACAGCCAAAUAAUUUCGUUCCAACAUUUUCUAAUACUCAUUAAUUUUACAAAACUUUCCUAGAUAAAUUUUUUAAAACUUUCUUCCAAUCUUCAUCCAACGUCUCUUCCUCCUGGUCUCGGGUUUUGUCAGUCCUUUCUAUCCCAUCCAUCUGGUUCAUCAACCUGGUAAUCUUAUAUCCGAGGCUCUUAAAUCUCUUCCAUGUCCCUUCCGCAGGUGUUCUUCAUAUUUAUACCUGUACUUUACUUUGUCUUCUGCUCCUUUCACUUGAGGAGACUCCAGCUUGACAAUAUUUUUGUCCCUUCUCGACAGAUCAGCCCCUUUUACAUAGUCAACACUGAACUCCAUGUGGUAUUUAAAAGCAUGUUUCAAGGUCCCUCUAAAGUUAAGGACCCCCACAACUCCGAACUCCUCCCGGCCCAAAGCCAGACUUGAAAGUUCAAAACAUCCCUGCAUAGGGGGGGUCUAUCCAGCCCCCCAUCUCCAAGCCAAACAAGACUCUAUCUCUCCAAAUCUGGCUUUUUCCAGGUUCAUUCGUCAAAUCCAACAACUCAUGUUCCUGCUGGGCCACAGUUCCCUCCAUCUCUGCCUCCCGGGGUCCAGCAACAACCUCCUCCCUCAUCUGAUCUGUCAGAGCACACUCCUGGAUUAAUUCCUGAGUGGGUUCUAUAUAGGUACCCACUGCCUGUCCAAAAUUUCCGAUCGCAACAGUCAUCAAAUCUGUCUUCUCAUGUAACUGUUCCAAUAAGGCACUUGUCUUGCAGAAGGCAAGCACCAGAGCCUCCGAGUACAUUCUUGUUCAAGGUCAGAGUCUAAUCCCACGAUCUUAAUCUAUUGCAGCUGCACGGCUCCCAGUUCGGAUUUAAUAACAGUUUCGCAAGCUCCCUCUAGGGAGAAAGCUUCUAUUUGUAUCCAUCUCUUUUUUUUUUUUAAAAGCAGAUCUAACAACAAAGUUUCCUUUUUCAGAUAUUUUGUCAAUAUUUUGUUCCUUUUAGAUGCGAAGGGGAACAAUGGAAUCAAUAUGUUUCUCUUCUUUUAACUAUCUGUCAAAAACGUUUGUCUAUAGUCAAUGAACUUCCCUAGGACGUCUGUCCUGACACCCCGCUCCCAGGUUCAAGACGGUGGAAAAUUGCUUUUCUUUACUCUCUCUUCUGCAGGUUUAAACAGUCCAGAAAAAAUUCCCCCCUCUUCUCCUGCUUCCAAGGGGGGUUCAGUAAUUUUAAAUGAUGAAAAUUGAUCCUUUACAGAUGACUUUCUAAACUCUAGCUUACCAUGUCUUUGCUUUAAUCUAUCUACAAAAGUGGAAGGCGGACUUCCUGUUUAGACCUUCCCGCUUCAGUGCCAAAUUGAAAGAAAUUUCUUAAUCCAAUUUUCCGUUCUACUCACAGGCAGUUAUUUAAAAUCCAAUUGUCCACAGGAAAAAGUCAGUGCUCUCCGGCAACAGCAAUGCGGCUUCACUCCGUGAAAGAAGCAGUCGAUUCAAAGCACCGCGCCACUCACCCCCACGUCGCUCCGGAUCCCCGAAACCGGGUUUCCCCGCAAGUGGGGGGGGGCGCAAAGGUGCCAGCCGAAUCCCACGUCCACAGGCUUCUCCUGCCUGUGGUUUUUGAUGGGUCUCCGCCUCGCCGUGGCGGUUCAGACCCUUUUUUCCACGGAGCGGAUUCCUCCCGAUCGGAGGAAGUCCGCCAUUGCCAGAGGCGCCAACCCGGAAGUCCCCUUAGGACAAGUUUUCAUUGGUUAACUGAUAAAGUGAGAUGCAUGUGAGAUACUGAGGGAUGGAGAGGCCUGGAUCAAAAUUCUCUAAUCUGCAUGUUUACACUGCACUUCACUUAAUUAUGCUAAUUUAUCAUGAACAGUAGUGCAGGCAGCCACACUGUUGCCUCCAUCUUUACAGCUUUUGCUUAAUCAUAGUACAUUAUGAGGCCUCUGCAGGGUAUUGAACUUCAUCUAGUGUUUAAGAAGUGUAUGAUAACAUGUCAGUGGUAUUUUGUUUGCUGAAGGUUAAUCAGCCAAAAUUUAACCAGCGGAGGAUCAGCAGUGCCAAGUUCCUGGGUGAACUGUACAAUUACAGAAUGGUAGAGUCGGCAGUAAUAUUUCGAACUCUGUACUCCUUUACAUCAUUUGGUGUGAAUUCGGAUGGUACAUCUAGCCCACUUGAUCCUCCAGAACAUCUUUUCCGAAUUCGACUGGUGUGUACCAUCCUUGACACUUGUGGGCAAUACUUUGACAGAGGAUCCAGCAAACGGAAACUUGACUGCUUCUUGGUCUAUUUCCAGGUAGGAACAAGCUUCAUCUUUCCCUGUGACCAAAUUUGUCUCUUACAUAUUAUUUAUUAUUUUAUUUGAAGUAGGCAUACCCCUCACAAAGUAACAUGUAGAAAUGCGAGUACUAUUAAGAUGUAUUUGGAUGGUCAGCAGAAGAAUGUUAUUUAUUAAAUUUGUUAGGCGCUUUAUCUUGCCCAGGGCAACCUAAAGCGACUUACAACCAACCAAACAGACAGCAACAACAUAGAUACAUUAAAGCCAAGAAGAAAAAGAAAUAUAUUAAAGACAUAUCAUCCACUUCUAAAAGGUCACAGAUAAUUACAGACCAAAGGCCUAGCUAUAGAGGAAAGUUUUUGCCUGGUGCCUAAAGCCUUAUAAUAAUGGUGCUAGGCAAGCCUCCCUUCCACAAUUGGGAGCCACUGCAGAAAAGGCCUGUUCUUGCGUUGCCACUCUCUGGACUUCUUGUUGAGGGAGAUACUUGAAGAAGGGUCUCAAAUGAUGAUUGGAGGGUCUGGGUCGGUCCACAUGUGGAGAGGUGAUCCUUGAAGUCUUGCAGUCCUGAACCAUUUUAGGCUUUAUAGGUCAAAACCAGCACUUAGAAUUGGGCCCAGAAACUAAUAGGCAGCCAGUGCAGGCAAGCCAGGAUUGGCGUUAUAUGCUCAAACCAUAUUUCUCCAGUUAGCAACCUUGCCACUGAAUUCUGCACCAGCUGAAGCUUCUGAACCGUCUUCAGAGGCAGCCCUAUGUGUAAUGCAUAGACAAGAGAAGUUAGACUAUUCCUGUCCAGAUAGGAGCGCAGUUGGGUAACCAGCCGAAGUAAGAGUUGCAGAAUAAAAAAGUUGAAUGAAAAGGGUAGAAAGGAGUUAAACUAUCAGGAGGAAAAUAAAAUUGUGUUAAAUCUGACCGACACUAGGUGGUAUUUAUGCCACAUUUGUUCAGCAGUGCAAAUUAGGUGAAGAAGGCAUGAUUGAAGAGUAAUCCCAUGUUGAAAGGAGAAGAAUUAUAGGGACAAAACAAAAUCAAUGCGAGAGACAAGAGAUGUUAAUAAAACAAUUAAAUGAAGAAGAAACUGUAGUAUCAACAGUGCAUUCAGUCAAUAGUUGGCAAAGUAAAACUGAUCUCAAAAACACUGUAAAAUGUUAUUGAAAAGGGAAACAAAAGAUGAAUUGGUUAAAUCAGCAACGAUACACUGGGCUAAAGAUUUUGGUCAUAAUAUUGAUAUGACCCCAUGGGAACUACUGUGGAGAGUGAAUAUGAAAUAUACAGCCUGUUUUACUUUAAAGGAAAAUUACAUGAAAAUUAUAUGCAGGUGGCAUUUAAUGCCAAAUAAAUUGGUAAAGAUGUUUAAGACUAUGUCAAAUAAAUGCUGGAAGUGUAAAAAUAAUGAAGGGACGUUUCUUCAUAUGUGGCGGACAUGUGAAAAAGCUAAAGGCUUUUGGGAAACUAUACAUAAUAAAAUGAAAAGAUAUUUAAGCUGGUUAUUCCCCCCAAAGCCUGAAGUUUUUCUCCUAGGGAUAAUUUAGCCUUGUUCCUUGUUUUAGCUUUGUAUGUUAAGAUCCGAAUUUCACUAGACUAAUUCUAGUGGUUGCCUAUCUGUUUUGCAAUUAUCUGUGUCUUUCCAGAGGUAUGUUUGGUGGAAGAAAAGCCUGGAUGUUUGGACAAAAGAUCACCCGUUCCCUAUAGACAUUGACUAUAUGAUCAGUGAUACAUUAGAAUUACUGAGACCAAAGAUAAAACUGUGCAAUUCCCUGGAAGAAUCUGUUAGGCAGGUACAAGAACUGGAAAGGGAAUUCUUAAUCAAACUAGGUAAGAAUGUUACAUCAAGAAUGAAAGGAACUGAAAUCAUUGUUGUCUGUUUCUGCAUUUUUUGGCUAUAUAGUACAGUACUUUCUGUAACUUGAAUAAAUUUUUAGGAUAAGUGAGUAUGUACUUGACUCAUUCUAGAAUUUUGAAAUAUGUUAUGAGGACUGUAGCAACAUACAGUGAGGAUGGGGAUGCAGGCUGGUCUGUGAAUCUGUUCCUGGUAUAAAUUAGUAUUUACAGUGGUAUCUCGGGUUACAGACGCUUCAGGUUACAGACUCCUCUAACCCAGAAAUAGUACCACAGGUUAAGAACUUUGCUUCAGGAUGAGAACAGAAAUUGUGCGGCGGCAGCAGGAGGCCCCAUUAGCUAAAGUGGUACCUCAGGUUUAGAACAGUUUCAGGUUAAGAACAGACCUCCAGAAUGAAUUCAGUUCUUAACCUAAGGUACCACUGUACCGUCAUUUGCAUGGUCUGACCUGUGUGUUGUGCUACUUUCUAAUGUGCAGAGAUCUUUUGUUCCUUUCUCUUUCCCAGAAGGAUUAAGUUCUCUGUAGAAUCAGAAUGUAACAUAAAUAAUAACCUUGUAGAUUGAUAAAAACUACAUUUAGCAAGAAACCGGAAUAAUUUUUACUAGGAAUGGUUUCAGAUAAUAUUCCCAAAAACAAAACUAGGCUAUUUAUGUAUGCAACGUCAGCCGCAAGGGUUAUAGUGGCAAAACAGUGGAAAGAUAAAAAUACACCCACUAAAGAGGAAUGGGUAGUCAAAUUGUGCGAGUACUUGGCGCUCGCAAAGCUGACAGAUGCAAUAAGAGAUAAACCUUAAAAAUUGGUGAAAGAAGAAUGGGAAUGUUUAAAUAAUUAUUUAGGGGACAAGGGCUCAACAAGAAAGAUCUGGCUAUGUUUAGAAUGAUACCGCAUAGAGAAAUGCUCCCUGAUACCAAGAUGAGGGAUUCCUUUGGAAUGCAGAUAGAGAUAAUUGAUAAGAAUAAUGAUCUGUUGUGAGCUUGACGGAAGUGUACAAUAGAUGAGCUUUCCUUCUUUGGCUCAUCUUCCUUUUUCUUUUUUCCCCCUUCUAUUUUUCUUUUUUCUUUUCUUUUAUCUUUCCCAUAGUUGCCUAUGUUCUGUAUCAUGUACUUUGAUAUUUUUUGUAGUCUUUUUUGUUUUUUUCCAUUACUAUUAAGAAAUUUUCCUUUGUAAUUUUGGUUGUCUAUAUUUAUAUGUACCUGUUUAAAGCAAAAAAAAAAGUAAAAAAGAAAAGAAAAGGAAAAAAAUAACCUUGCAUUUAAUAUCAACUCUCACAACCCCUUUUUCUGUUAGAUAAUUGUGUAAUUCCUUUGAUGCAUACCACAUUUUGAUCACAUGCUUAGUGCUGGCAAAAAAACUAUAAAAAGCAAGUAAAAAUCAAGUAACAAAAGCCAUUAUUAUUGUGGUUCUCUGUUAAAAAAUUAGGGUAAGCAUCUAUCAAAAGAAAAUAGUAAUGUUGGUUGAUGGGACAGUAAAAUGUCCUGAGAAUUGUUCGUAAACUUAGCUUGACCCUUUGCAUGUAUCUCCUAAGUAAAACUGCAGUCCUGACCUUAGUUACUUGGGAGUGAAUAGCCACUGGUUUCAGUAGUCCUUACAAGUACAUGUGUGUUGGAUCUCAGACACGGUCAGAAUUCUUUCUAAUGCCACUCAUUAAUAAUUCUUAUUUCCUUUCUUAGGCCUUGUGAAUGACAAGGACUCUAAAGAGUCAAUUACUGAGGGAGAGAACCUUGAGGAAGAUGAUGAGGAGGAAGAAGGUGGAGUCGAGAUAGAAGAGCAAUCUGGAAAUGAAAGUGAAAUAAAUGAGCCAGAGGAGGAGGUAUUCUUUUUCCACCAUUAAUUUACUAAGCUACAAUUUGAGGGGCUGUGCUGUGUAACUGUUGCCAAUCAUAAUGAGUAAUUACCAGUUGAGGCUCCAAAUAUCAAAGAUGGAGGUAACCUGGCAGUUACUGGGCUCAAGGUCCUUCUGCUGCCGCCGAUAAGUAUGAUUUUAUUAUGGGAACUGCAAAGUUGUGUUCUGUUUGCUGGACCCACUUGGAGUCUCUUGGAGCUCUGGUCAUUUAUUAAGUAGGGUAGAAGGGGGGUAAGUGAGUUUCUGAACUUGAAUGAACAUGUGCAUGCCAUGCACAGUGCAGCUGGUUCUGAGUGAGCUUCACUCACCAUCAACAGGCUAAGCAGAACUGAAAUGACCAUGGAGGAGAGAUUUCUGAGACAGUGUAAAUUUAAGUGUGUGUAUAUGUUAAUCAGUUUCAUUAAAACAUGGUUUAUGAUUAUGCAUUAAAACUCCAGUAAACAUUUCAGGAGGGCUCUGAUAAUGACGACGAAGAGGGAGAAGAGGAGGAAGAAGAAAAUACUGAUUAUCUCACAGACUCUAAUAAGGAAAAUGAAACUGAUGAAGAAAAUACUGUAUGUAUUGCUGUACUAUUUAUUUCUUUAAAACAUUUCUUAUGAACAUUCAUUAGAAAGUCAAUUAGUGGUCUCAAUCCACAGCAAGCCACAUAAGUACUGUAGGCUUGAUAUUAAUGACCAGCAAACGCCUGGAUGAACAAAACAAAUAAGUCUUUAGCAAGCACCAAAGCAUCCAAGUUGGUGCUUGCCAUAUUCCAAAAGCUGAGUUCCACAACAGAAAACACCCUCCCCCAGAUUACCGCAAGAUGAAUUUCAGCAGACUGACUCAUCUGAAGGUCUCUAUGAACAGCUACAUCUAUUGAGAGAAGGCUUUCUCUCAGAUAACCUAGUCCUAAGUUGUUAAGGCAACAACCACCACCACCACCUUAAACUUGGCCAGGUGGAUUGGCAGCCACUUCAGUUCUUCUUGAAAUGGGUAGCAACCUCCCCACUUCAUCCUACAUUCUGGAGCGGAUUCCAACUUUAAGAUGAAACUCGCAUACCAAAAGCACUGUGCACACUGCAUUCAAGUGUGGCUCGUGCCACACCACACAUCAUGGUUUACUGUUUCAGCAGUAUUACAUGGACAAGAGUCCACAAGCCCAAGCAAAACAUUGGACUUGAACUCUUUCCCCCUCUGUUCUCUUACUCUUGUGCUGCCAGGAAAAGGACUUCCAUUGAAUUUAGUGUUCAUUCAAAAAAUCUUGCUGAGCAUUACAUAGAACCAGGAGUUCUGCUUUAAAACGGUGGUUGGUUACUAAAUGAGUCAAUUUCAAAUCAUGGGUUAUGAAGCUGGCUUUUUAAACCACUGCUUGUUGUAAGCCAAAAUCCCUGGCUCUUAGAUAAGCUGAGAUUCUUUACAGGUAGGUAGCCGUGUUGGUUUGCUGUAGUUGAAACAAAAUAAAAAAAAUUCUUCCAGUAGCACCUUAGAGACCAACUAAGUUUGUUAUUGGUAUGAGCUUUCGUGUGCAUGCACACUUCUUCACACAAAAGCUCAUACCAAUAUGGUCUCUAAGGUGCUACUGGAAGAAUUUUUUUAUUCUGAGAUUCUUUGCAAGUGAAUCUAAACUUGGCAGAACCCCUGUACACCACAGUGCAGAGAAGAACUCAAGCACAUGUCAAACAGGUGCAUGCAAACUUAGUGCAUGCAAACCAGGCCAUUAAGUACGUAGGUGUUAAUAUUAAUUAGUUUACUUUGGAUUAUCAAUUCACACAAAUUCAUAUGAAUAUCAAGUUACAAAGAUGUAACUGAUGUUUGGCUCUAGACUGGAUUUAUCAGAAACCUACAGAAUGCCUACCGUAGAAGUCUUGUGUUAUGGAAGAGCAUUGUUGUUGUUGUUGUUGUUUAGUCGUGUCCAACUCUUCGUGACCCCAUGGACCAGAGCAUUAAUGAAAACAAAUAGUACCUCAUAGAAUUGGUCACAUUACCCUGCAACGAAAUUUACUGUUGUAUUGCCAGCUGUUGUAUUGGCAACAUCUAUGCAUAGGAUCUGAAGCUAAGACUUUAUGAGAACAAAUACAUAGUGCAGCUCCUUUAUUUGUAAUUUAAAAGAAGGGGCAGCUAAAGGAAACUUACAAUUGUGCUUCAACUAACUCAACUUCCUGUAUUAGAAACUAAUCUGCAAAGUAGCCUUGUUUUCUGAGAGAUACAAGUGGUGUCCCUUUUAUAAAGCAAGCAUAUUUCCUCCCCUAUCUGAAGCCAAGUGUGUGUUGUGGAGAAAGCCCAAUAUGAAACCUACGUAACUAAAAGUAAGAAUUUAGCAUUAAACCUAAUAGUUAGAACUAGAAAGCCUUAAUUAUAGUGAGAGCUUGUAAUUGUACUAAUUCCCUCUGACCGGCAGUUGGAAUAAUUUUAAGACUGUUGACCCGUCCAAAAACCCUGCUCCCUGGUCUUCCAUUUAGCCUGAGUGAGAGAGGCCCAUACUCCAGCCACCUUCUAAUUUUUGCCACCUAUCCAACUCUUCAGGUGGCUUGGUUCCAAAGAAUACAGCCAGCUGCAUGGAGCAGUAAGGAGUUAAUGGAGCACGUGCACUUAAGUACAUGCCUGAGCUGCAUUACAUACAAAUCGCAAAGCAUUAAAACAUGGACUAUUUUCUACUUCUCUCUACCUUUUUGAAAACAUUUUGUCCUAAUGACUGAAAUUAUCCCACAUUUUUCUUUUAAAAUUUUGUAUGGCCAUUGGGGGCCAGAUAUUGCUUCACAGGCAAGAUUCAGCCUGUUGGCCAACCCUAAUUGAGGGAUAACUUAUGCACAUUAAUCUAGAGAACAUAAUAAUGUUGUUUCCCUACCCUCCCUUAUUUAACAGGAAGUCAUGAUUAAAGGAGGUGGACUUAAGCGUGUCCCAUGUGCUGAAGAUGAAGACUUCAUUCAGGCAUUGGACAAAAUGAUGCUUGAAAAUUUACAGGUAUUAAUGGGAUUUUUAAUCAGUCACUCAUAUGUCUUACUCUUAUUGGUAUCCAUUAUACACAAUGACAUUUAGCAUGGAGGGAUUACACUGGGCAACAAUUUUUUACUUUUUGAAUGUUGUCUAGAUUUCUACAACUGAUUUAGGGUCUUUUUGCACUGCUGAAUCAGGAAAUGGCAUCCGUUUCUCUCCAUUAGGUCAGGUUUUUGUGCUGUGUUGAUUUGAAAAAAAUCAGAUCUUGUGACAAAAUCGAUUACAUUUUUGUGGCAUUAUCAGCUGAUUUUUGUCAACGCAUAUCAUCCUAAAUAUGUUUUUAAGAGAAAAAAAUGUUUUUCCAACAACAUAUAUUGAUUAUCUGAUAGAAACAUCAAUUACUGUAAACUGAAUGGUGGGCAUUGAUAAAGGUAAGUACACGUAAAUUGCAUGUUGCUUCACCAUUUUUCAAACUUCAGGGCUUGAACUUCCGUUUCUUGGAACUCCUGGAAUGCUCAGUGGCAGGGAGGUCUCUCUUCAGAGUCCAACAGUAGUCAGCCAUCAUGACUGCGUCCCAGCGACCCUGAUACCUGGUCUCCAUCUCUUUCAUGUCCUGAUGGAAUCUCUCCCCCUGCUCGUCACUCAUUGAGCCCAGGUUCUCAGGAAACCGGUCCAUAUGUGAAAAUAGGUAGUGCAUCUUGACGCUCAUGUUGCAGCUCAGGUUUCUGAAAGCAGUCAGCAUGUUGUUGACAAGUUCUGCGUAGUUUCUGGCUUUAUUGUUGCCAAGAAAGUUCUUCACUACCAGAACAAAUGCCUUCCACGCUUCCAGUUCCACUUUGUUCAUUGAGUUUCUGAACUCUGGAUCUCUGAUGAGCUGACGGAUCUGAGGACCGUCAAAGAUGCCAGCUUUCAACUUCUCCAUGGUCAAUCCUGGAAAAGCCUGGCUCAAGUAAGUGAAGCACUCACCAUCCUUGUCCAGAGCCUUGGUGAACUGCUUGAUUAAGCCGAGCUUGAUGUGCAGCGGUGGGAAGAGUAUUCUGUCUCUGUCCACCAGAGGGUCGUUGAUGACGUUCCUUUCUUUGCAAGGCACCAAUUCCUCCCGCACAAGCCAGUCCUUUUUUGUGUAAUGCUGAGCACGGUCCCUACUAUCCCACAUGCACAGAAAACACGGGUACUUGGUGAAGCCAGACUGUUGUCCCAACAAAAAGUUCACCAUCUUCAGGUCAACACAAAUAAACCACUUAUGCUGAUCAUAACCAAUUUUCUCCAGCACAUACUUCACCGCUUCAUAGUUCUCCUUCAGUGUAGUCAAGUGAGCCAGGGGUAUAGAGGCAAACUGGUUGCCGUUGUGUAGCAGAACACAUUUCAGUGAUCGCUUGCUGCUCUCAAUGAACAGUCUCCAAUCUUUGGGUUCGUACUGUGGCACUCCAAGCUUGAGCAGAAGCUGCGCAAUAUCUGCACAGUACACCAAGUCCUUCUCUUCUGAGAAAAAACGGAGGUACUCUUGAUGCCUGUUGCAGAAGAAGCUGAUGCGAGCACUGUCAGAGAGGAGGUUUUUUCCCUUCAAUCUGGAUGCCAACAGUUUGGCAGAGUCCUUUGACAAUUCUUCGUGGGGCAGCUGCCCCAUUAACUUAGUUUUGAUCCCCCAACUUUAUGCUUUGCCGCACCAAUUUAUGGAAGAUUUCGAGGUUUUAUGACUUCAAACUGACCCCUUUUCGACAUAAUCACCCAGAACUAUCGGACCUGAAUACUUCUUGUCAUUAAAAUAAUCAUUUCCAAUCAAAACAAUUAUUCGGCAUGGCAUUUUACCCCCACCAACUUCUUCUAAAAUGCUCCACACAAGCGUACAUGUGAACAAAAACGUAAAAAAAAGACAUGUGGCCAUAGCUCAAAAACUUGACCUGAUUGAGCAAAAUCAAUGUGAUUUUUGGAUUCAGCGCAUCAGAUUCGUCCUAAAUCAACUGAAAAAACGCAGACAACAAAUUUGUUGUUGACCAGUGUUAUUUUACAAUUCUUCCUUGUAUAUCAAGCCCCCCACCCCCCAAGCUGGCUUGUGUGCUUAUCUUCUCUGAUGUGGCUGCAAAGAGGAAUUCAGAAGCUCGCAAACAUUAAUUCUGGUUUGUUUGAAACAAGCUAAAUUUGAAACCAUUCAUGCCAUAAUAUGGACAUAAAUCAGCUGAGAGAAACCAAAGUAUUUUACUUUGGGGGACCCAUUUCACAUAUUAGCAUUCUUAGAUGUGCUAUUGGUUGUACUUCUGGCAUAGAGCUAUGACCAUAGCACAGGGGCAACUCCCUGAAUAAUGCACCUGCUUACAACAUUCAUGCAAAUCAUGGGUAUAUCUCCUUUAAAAUGUAGUGUGUGAAGCAAAAAAUGGGAGCCCCCAAAACUCAGCUGGAAACAAAGCAAAAACAGCAGCAGGCCUUUUGGUCCUUGCUGUUCCUUUUUCAUGGUAUUCUAAAAUCAGUUUAAAAAUUCAUAGUUAAAGAGCUGAAUAAUAUACUGUAUAGAAAAGAUAAACAAUAAAUGCUGUAUUUAAAGAUAAUUACAAACUGGAAAAGGAGAGCAGUUUAUUUCCCACAUUCAGAACAAAUUUGGGAGAAUAAAAUUUACAUCUUUCAGACAUUAACUUUUAUGUCAAAGCUUUCUAAUAGAUCAAUCAGAACUCCAGCUCUAAAUAUAUAUAUAUAUAUGUACCCAGGUUUUUUAAUAUAAAAAUGUACAUAUGCAUGCUAAAUUAUGUACAUAUAGAAUAUCAAAAAUUAAACUUUUUUUUACUUAGAACAGUAAUUCAAAGUUUCUCUCCUAUUUUUAUGCUAUACCAAACAACUGAGAUAUCCACCUACCAUUCCUUUUUUAAUUUUUUUGGUUUGUUUGUUUGUUUGUGUUUCUGAUACAUUUCAAUACAAACAUCAAGAAUAAUACAUGAAAAACCUCAAAAAUAAUAAAAAGCAGAAAUUUAAAAAUAGCAGAAAAACAGAAAACAAUCAUUUACAGACUUCCCUUCAUCUUCUUCCAUGGUUCUUUUUGUCUUCUCCUUGCGUUUUCUUGGCUCCCUCAUUCUAUCUCAACUCCUCACAUUAAUCUAGUUAUUGCUUACACUGCUGAGAAUAUUGCCAUCCUGCUACUUUUUCAUAUAAUCAGUAAAAAAUAUCCAGUCCUCCUUAUAUCUUUUAUCAUUUUGAUUUCUUAUUCCAGUGGUCAUCCCUGCUAGCUCCGCAUAUUCCAACAGUUUCUUCUUUUGUUGGUACCUGAUCUGUUUUUCAAUUUUGUGCUGUUAACACACAUGCGGCAGUUGUCACAUACAGAAAAAAGUUUGUCUCUGUUUGAACAACUUCUGUUGUAAUUAAUCCCAGCAGAGGACACCUUCACCCCAGUAUGGCUCCCUUUGUCACAUACACAGCCCAACAAGACAACAAGAAGAGCCCAGGACAGCAUUCGAAUCAGCCUGUCUUUCUUGCCCCAACAAGCCCUCCUGCCCCUCUCACAAAGGCAAACAAACCCCAUCACAGCCAGCCACAGACAACCAGUCAUACCUCGGGCCCCCAACUCCUCUCACUACCAAGAAACGUAACAAGCAAAUAGAAAGAGAACCUAUCUAGUUGACGCUGUCAUGAAACCCCAUGCGUACACUGCAAAAAAUAUAUAUUUCACCCCCUUCUUGACCUUAUACUGUAACUCAACACUAAUGUCUCGUAACAAUUGUAGCUGAUCUGUAGAAAAGACUGUACAACUUGAAGAAAGAGGCAAGGAAUGUACUUUUGUAAACCAAGAAAAUCUUUUUUUGAAAAAAAGAAAUGCUUCUGGGUUUUUAGAAAAGGCUUUUUUGGACAUUUUUUAACGUUCAUUAUAAAUCAUUUCUCAGUAAUUUUUAAUUAUACUGCAUGACCACCACACAUGGUAGAAUGUUCCUUCUGCUACCUUACAUUUCCGGCAGUUACCCUUUAUUGAUUUUGACACUUUUGCUGGUCUGUUUGGUGUUAAAUACUUCAUGAAGGAAAACUUCAUGAAGGUGAUCCAUACUCUUUUAAUUUGUAUUCCUCCCCAGUGACAGUCAGCAAAUCUCUAUAUGUGCUCCAGUUUGUCUGUGUAUUAAUUUUUUCCUUGUGAGGGCUUCUAUUGGUGGCAACCACAUCAGUGUUUUCCUUUUUAAUAAGUUUUUAUAUUUUUCCCAUACCCUAUACAAGUGUUUUCUAAUCAUGUGGUUUGAGAACCUCUUAUAUAGGUUAGCCUUCCUAUACCGCAAGCAUGCAUGCCACCCGAAUUUUAGGUCAUGCCCUUCCAGAUCCAAUAAGUAAUUAUUAUUUAAUAAAAUCCAUUCUUUUAACCAACAUAAACAUGAUGCAUCAAAAUAUAAUUGUAAGUCUGGAAGGGAAAAGCCACCUCUCUUCUUAGUAUCAAUCAGGACCUUAUGUUUUAUCCUGGGCUUCUUUCCCUGCCAUAUAAACCUAGAUAGAUCUUUUUGUGACUCCUUCAAGCUUCAGAUGUCAUUAACUGUAGGUACUGUCUGAAACAGGAAUAGCAUCUUUGGGAGUAUAUUCAUUUUUAUAACCGAAAUUUUACCCAACAAUGACAAUUGCAUUCUACGCCAAAUUUCCAGAUCUUUCUUGAUUUCUUUCCAAACCUUUACAUAGUUAUCAUUAAUAAUAUUAUGAUUGUUUGUCAUUAACCAUAUCCCCAAGUACUUCACUUUUUUUCACUCUUCAAACCACUGACUCUUUCUAAACCCUUCAUAAGUUGACUAUCCAGGUUUUUAACUAUCAUUUUUGUUUUAUCUUUGUUCAGUUUAAAACCUGUCAAUUUACCAAACUCCAUAAUUCCUUCCAGUACUGGCGCACACUUUCUAGUUGGCUUUCUAAUGUUAAAACCACAUUGUCGGCAUAUGCCUUUAAUUUAUAAUUUUGCUGACCCACCUACCAGUUCUAAUUCCAAACAUUUGAACCUGGAAGUAAUGCUGAAAGGCCUAGAUUCUCAUUAUGACUUAUAGGAGCCUUAAAAGCCACCUGGUGGUGUGUGAGGCAGCCCUGGAAUUAACUUGUUUUUCUAAAUUAAAGAAUGGUAUCCUAGUUUUGUUGUUACCUCCGUUUCUUGCCUUUUCAGCAAAGGAGUGGGGAAUCGGUGAAAGUGCAUCAGUUAGACGUUGCAAUUCCCUUGCAUCUCAAGAGCCAGCUCAAGAAGGGUCCACCCCUGGGUGGCGGGGAAGGAGAGUCUGAAUCUGGAGACACCAUGCCUUUUGUCAUGUUAACUCGAAAAGGCAACAAGCAACAGGUGAGGCCUUGUGUACAAGGGAGUUAUUUUUGUCUUUUUCAAUAUUAAUUUCAUUCAUAAUUUUUGUCAUCCUGUAUACUUCACUGACUGCUGCCUUGGGAAGUGUGGCUCAGUGACACUACUACAUUGUUUUGGAAAGGUGCUGCCUAGUUGUCAUCACCUCCUUUUGAAACUGGUUUGUUUUUGGAGGGCAGAUAGGAAUGCCAGCUGUGGCUCUCACAUGUCUUAGUCAGACUAUCAUAAGGAACUGAAGCGUCAAAUGGACUUUCUGUUUGCCUUCCUUCCUUUGGGAGAACUUUUUAAAAAAAUACCAUUAAUCCUUUCCCAUCUCAUAAAUAUGGGCCUAAAGCAAGAAACUCCUUCUAAAAAAUACACGGAGAGUGGUAUAUGUUUGAAUAUUUUUUAUCUAGCUGUGAUUCAUGAAAAUGGUGAAACUGCUGUUAAAAUAGAAUAAUGUAUUUCCAGAAUAUUUUCACUUUUAAAGGAUAUCACUUAGCUUAAUUACAUUACAGCCAUUAUAGCACAGCAGUAGUCACAUGUUAAACUGGGUCAAGAGCUGAUGUUAACAUGGGAGCUGAAACCAAAAACUAUGAAUCAUGAAGCAUCUACUUCAAAUCUUUCCUCUCCUAUGAUCUUGCUAGAUGGCCCUGGGGUGCCACUGUCUCUGCUGGGCCACCCAUCUGCAAUAUGGGAAUCGUAAUGAUCUACCUGGCAGGAUAGUUGUAAGGAAUGGAACAAAUGAAUGUAUGUGAAAGGCUCUGAGUGCAUUCUGAAGCUCUGUGUGAAUGAUUGGCAUGAUAAUAUAUGAAAUACUUUAAAGUAGCAAAGUUCUGUAGCCAAUGGCACAUUUCUUUCCUAAGUAUUCACCUUUUUCACUUUAGAAGUUCUGUUCUGUUGAAAUCUGUAGGAUUAGCUCAGUGUUUUGUCAUCUUUAACCUGACUGACAUUCCACUGUCCAUUCAAAACCCACUUCUGGAAAUAGUUUGGACUUACAGAGUUGCAAGUAUUGGUGCAAAUAAAAACCAGUAACAUUUGUGCACUUUUCUUCCAUCUAGAACAUGUUGAGUCAUACAUUUGUUCCUUUCAUUGAUCUUACAUAUAAGACACCACAUAAAAUAAAUUGUACAAAAAAUCUUCCCCAUAACUAUACAAUGGUACAAUAAAAAACUACAAUAAGUUUAAAAAUGCAGCCAGAAUAAAAAUCUAAUGCAAUAUGCAAGCAAUAAAAGAAUAAGCACAAGUUCUCAGAAGUGUCUUGUCUGUCUUCAGUUUAAGAUCCUAAAUGUGCCAAUGUCGUCUCAAUUGGCUGCAAAUCACUGGAAUCAACAACAAGCUGAGCAAGAGGAGAGGAUGAGAAUGAAAAAAUUGACACUGGAUAUCAAUGAACGGCAGGAACAAGAGGACUAUCAAGGUAUGAGUUACUCUUCCAAAGGGCCUUCAUAUAGAUGAGGUUAUUGCUGAGGUUCAACCUUCUACCACAUAGGACCAUUUGACUGGUUUUGUGUGGGCCUGCUCCAAAUUCCUGCAAAGGAAUUGACAGAUCAUUUAUUCUCUUGACUACCAAAUUAAAGAAAAACAUAUUAAACAAAAUUAAAAGAUUCAAUCUUCCAAAUAAAUGUCAGUUAAAUAGACAUUUGUCAUCAUUUGAAGUGGCUUUUUCACCCAGCCUGUAGGGCUGGUUGCCUGGAUAAGGAAUCAUAGGUGAAAACCUUCCAUCAAGCAUAGUGGAAACAUGGUUUGCUCAUUUAAUAACCAAUCAGUUACUACGGUUUCUGACUGGCAGAAAAAAUAUUGGUAAAUAAUGUGCACAUAAAAAACAUCUUAAAUACCAGUGUUUUGCCUUUAAAAAUGUAUUUUGUCAAAAAUAGGAAAAUUGUGAAAAAUGUGUUUUAUUUAUUGUUCAUGUGUUUCAGGUGUGUCACAGUCUAACUCUUUCACAAAAGAACAUUUCCCAGGAUUCUUCCAUUGAAAGAUUAAAAAAAUGAGAGCCAUCCCUGAAACUCCUUUGAAUUUGCAAUGUAGCUAUACCCUCUGUUGCCUUCUUUGCUUUUAAUAUUUAUAUCUAUAUAUGUGUAUAUUUAAUAUGCAGAGAUGAUGCAAUCCUUGGCUCAGCGGCCAGCUCCAGCAAAUACCAACAGGGAACGGCGGCCUCGUUAUCAGCAUCCAAAGGGAGCACCUAAUGCCGAUCUAAUCUUUAAAACUGGUGGAAGGUAGGUAUUCUAGAAACAGGAUGAUUAUUGCAUUGUUUUCAACUUCUUGCAGCUUUCACUAUUUCAAACAUAAAAAACCCUUAGGAUAGAAGUGAUAAUAUCCUAAGGUAAGAGGGAAUUCUUUCAGAGGUUAAGUGCUUCAUGUCUCUGCUUAGAAUCUUGGGUUGAUAGGACCACCGCCUUGUUAUCAUUGGUUACAGCUAGCUACAUUCUAAAUAGAUUAUAUACCUCUGUAACUAACACUACUCCUUAUAAGUUGCUUCAUGCUGUAAAACCCAAGUUGGGACAUUUGCGUGUGUUUGGAUGUAAAUGUUUUGUGCAUGUUCAAGCAGAGACAUGCAGGAAACUCUUCAAGGGGGUUAGAAUGUGCAUUUCCUGGUUAUGAUUCUCAAACAAAAGGGUAUAUAGACUGUGGGUCUCUAAAAAGCAAAAAUGUAAUAGUGAGUAGAGAUAGCAUUUUUCAUGAGCGCAAGUACAAGGUAGACAAAAUACUUCUGUAGUGUGUCUUCCUUCAAGUCAGAGAUUAUCUCAAAGUGAGACACAGAAACAAACUGAAAAAUCAAACAGGCGGUUAAGAGACAAACCGCAAUGAGUGAAGAAACUUUUCAGGAUAGAGAAACUGAUGUUAAGGUAGAACCUGAAACAGUGAGUACUCCUAUUUUAAGAUGUUCUGAAAGAGGAAGGAGAGCACCUGUACAUUAUCAGAGUGAAUUUCAAAAUUAUCAGACUACACAUAAAGCAGUGAUGGCCAAACUCAACCCUCCAGCUGUUUUGGGACUACAAUUCCCAUCACCCCUGACCAUUGGUCCUGUUAGCUAGGGAUGAUAGAAGUUGUAGUCCAGAAACAGCUGUAGGGCCAAGUUUGGCCAUCACUGACAUAAAGCAAUGAAAGUAGCUUAUUGUCAGGCCUGGUCGUUGUCCUCUUCAGAUCACCACACAAACGCUUCUUGUUCUUUUAUAACUUUUUAUUGUGUGUUAACAAAAUAAUCUUAUAAACAGUUCUUAACUAUUCUUCCUCAGAGUCACUUAUUUCAGAUACCUUCUGAGCUCUGCUUCUCCAUGACCAGCCACUCUCAAAAUGGCGAAGGCACCUUUCCCUUCGCUUUCCCGCUCUUUUUCCUAACCUCCUGGCUAGAGCUGGCCUGUAUCUCCCCUCCUCCGAAUCUGAGCUAGAACUGAACCCUUGCCUUUCCUGUGAACAGCCGGUCCCUCCCUGUUGUUCCUCUUGCUCUCUUCUGUUAGAUUCACUGCUCUCCUUCCCCCCUUGGCGAAUGCUUUCUCCCUCUGAUAAACUGGAAACUUCUAACUCUUCCCUGACACUUAUGAACCAGAAUGUUUUGAAAAAAAUGAUGAUAUGGAACCAAAAUUAGCAAAGUGUUGGUUUAAUGCUAUGUCAGAGGUAAUGGAAGCUAUGCAUAAAAAUGAAACUUGAGAACUUGUACCUUUAUCUGAAGGGAGAAAACUCAUCAGUACCAAAUGGGUGUUUACAGUGCCCAAAUCUACCCUGGACAUUUAUGCUACCCAGGUGUCUGAUUCUGGCAGACGGGCAGUCCUAACCUCAGCUGAUGGAUAGGGAGUCAGAGGACAUCGUUAUUAAACUUAUUCAAGAUACCCACCAAAAUGGAAAUCCAGUUCUUUUUUUCUACCUUUUUAUUUCAGUUUGUCUGUGUUGCUGUUGGUGGUGGAACUGAAAUGGUGACUUAUCCAAUGAAAUUUGAACUGGGAGCUUCCUGGUUUUUACACUCAGCCUUGGCAGCAGCACGCACCAUUUACUGCUUUCUGUUCACUUCAAUUCUUUCUCUUGAAUUGGUCCCUUUGCCCAGCAAUUCCUGUCCAGAGGAGCAGCAAUAGCUGUUAUAGGGCUCAAUUCAGGUCACCUUGGGGGUUAUUCCUUACCAGUCUCUGUAUUGGGGGGAGAAAUGAAAUCACAUUAAUGUCUCCAAAAAUACGCAAUGUCUGUUUUACUUCAUGAUCAUAAUUGUGAAUCCAUUGUCUAACCAUAGUCAUUAUCUAUGGUGUAACAGACCAGUUGCAGUGUAACAUUACAGUGGGGAGGGGGAUUUGGAAAUUAAAAUUAACCUUUGUGUCUAUUGUAUUUCCCACUUACGAAAAAGGUACUACUUUGAGCCUCAAAAAAGAUGAAAUAGGAUAACUUUAAGUUGCUUUGGUAGCCUCUUGGCUGAAGAGCAGGGUAUAAAAUGCUUUAACUAAAUAAGUAUAUUGCAGAAGAAUGCAGUUCAUAAAGAAACUAGAGCACUUCUCAAUUUCAUUAUCAUUCCUAUUUUUUUAAUAUGAUCAGGCGAGAGAGAGGGAACAGACAGCGCCGAAGCUGAGAUUAGUCACGGAAACAGAAAGAAAAGUGAGUUUUGGGGGAGGAGGGUUCCAGGUAUAGGUCCAGUUCCCAUGUCACAUUAAACCAUUUAAUGUGAAAGAGCAGCAUGUUGGUGCACACUGCUCAAAAGUUCCUGCUGCAUAUCUACCCUGCUCCUGCCAUGCCAUGAAUGCAACAAGCCAGUGUGGCCCAUUGUUUUGUCUGAACCUAGGGUUGUGGUUUAUUUCCUCCAACCAACCAUGAACAGUAACCACAGUUAGUUUGCGGGGGGGCGGGGGGAACCAACCACAAGUCCAGAUUUGAACAACAUGACUGGCCAGACUUGGCCUUGCUUGACUGAUAGCAAGGGGCAUGUGCUGUAGGAGGUUUUGAGCAGCAUGCACUAGCAUGUUUCUUGUUGACAUUAAACCAUUGCACUACGGUUUAAUGUGCCAUAGAGUAUAAAAGGUUACUCUAGUAGUCAACGUGGCAUUUUAAGGUAAGGGAUACAGGCAGAGAGGCUACAGUAGACCACACAAGACACCAAAAAUAAUCAGUUCACCCAAAUAUACCUUUUUCAAAAUAUGUCUGUGUAGGUUUGAACUUCAUAUUUGAAAGAUCAGCUCCUAUUCAGCUUUGAAUGUUAGAUAUACUUGCAGGAAAAAAUGUGACUUGGGAACAACAGCAUCUAAGCCUUGGAUUCUAAUGGUGGAAGUCAACUUCCAGCUGUUCCUUCUAUACAAGCAUUGCAGCUUGUCAGAUGAAAUUCUCCCCCCUCCUGCCUAGGUAUGCUGUUCUGAGGGAGCUCCCAACCCCAUGUCAGUUUCAGGAGGAGGGAGCUCUUGUGCAGGACUUCCACUGAUGGGACUGGUUAGCUGACUCCUGUCCUAAGGACUGAAUCAGCGAACUGUGGGUUAGGGUUGAUUUUAUAAAUGCCACACUAACACAGUUUUGUUCUGUUAUUUAAAAAAAUGGGAAUGCAAAAAAAAAAAAAAAAAGACCCAUGGAGGGCUGGUCAAAUCCAGCUCCCCACCUCUGACAUAGAUUGUGGAGUGCUGAGGAAGAACAAUUGUCAGGUUGCACAUGCCUAAGAAUGUUAUUAGAUCCCGGUCCUUGAAGAACCUUGCAGUAAAACCUCAUUAUUGUAGUCAGUUCUGAGACUACACUGUAAAAUAAUAAAUAAAUCUAUUGCAUUGAGAAGCUGUAUUCUGCCCCAUGUAUAAAUUAUGCAGAUUUGCAACAUUUAUCCUGUUUCUUUCAGUCAUGGGGGUAAUCACAGAGUCCUGGAGAGAGAAGCUCCAGCCUGACUACUUGAAAUUUUAUUGAGCUCCUCUUCUGGGCGUCUGAUAUUUUCACCAGAAGUUCUUUGUUGUUGAUAUGCAUUUCCUUUGUCUUUUCUCUUCUUUGUUAGGAGACGUUGAUCCAGCAGCAAGCGUCAUUUCAUUAGGCCCUGUAUCUCCAAUGUUGUGGAUUAGUGGAGUCCUCCAGCAAUUAAACGAGAGCAGCAGACACAUCUGAGCAUGUCGGUCUAGAGAGUUCAGAAUCGAAAAUCUGGGACAGGCUGGAGCCAUAGAGCAAAUACACCAGCCUCCACUAAAAACAGAAAAAGCGGAAGCUCCCAGUCACAGCCUACCAAACAAACAAAAAGCAUCUUGUUAUGGAACCAUGUGAGGAUUAAUCUUCUCAUGAGAAUGGAAGCAAAUAAAUGAGAUGGUUAACUUUACCAGUGAGCAGUUCAGUUACAACAAAGCGCAACUUAAAAAAGAUGGAUUACGCUGGAAUGGAGACGGUCUUGAUGGCAAAGUAUGGGGGAAAGCAAACCUAAUAGGAGUGGCAUUUUCUCUGAAUUGGGCAUGGCAUGUCAGGAGAAUAUUAAUCUGGGGCUCCAGUCUGCAUUAGAGAAGUGGUAGAGCAAGAGGUAAUUAUCGUAUAGUAAACCCCAACAUGCAGGGUAAAAUAGACAGCACCUGAUUUACCAAAACACCAAAUAUUCCACGAGAAAGAGGAUUUUGUUUCAAGGGGGAAACCCUUUCUCUGCAUGUGUUGCGGGAGGGGGAAAGUGAUGAAGGGAGCAGAUCCAGGGAAGUGGGAUGGUCUACUGAAGGUCAGAGUGGAUGGGAAGGUAAGAGAGCAUUGAUCCAAAGUUGCUUCAAACAGCCUGAUGCCAGCCUAAGAAAGGAUCUAGAGGAGCUCGUUAAAGCAUCAUUGAAAACCAAAAUGUGCCAGUCAGCAUGACAGACAGAUGCCGAGAAGUGGAGUUGAACGUUCUGUUGACUUUCAUGGGUUGAUAAGCCUCUGUGUCUAUAUUUUAAAACACAAGGAAAAAUUAGCUGGCAGCAAGUAGAAUUUUUAUUUUUCUAAAUGGAAAUGAGGUUUCUGGGUCAGUUUCUGACAAUCUUGUUUGUUAAUAUAGUUCUGGGGAUUUUUUUGUUUGUUUGCUUUCACGUAGGUCUAGUACAUUCAGUUAAAGAGCACAUCUGUAUGCUAAAAAUUCUGAACUAUUUUAAAAUUCUUUUUACCUCUGUUGAGUUCUGCAUGUAGAAUUUAAAACAAAACUUGUACAACUUGUUACAUUUCACACUUGUGUACACACAGUCAGAAAUGCCGCCCGAUCUUCACCAGCUUCAGAAAACUGAUCUUUGCCGAUGCUGCAAUAAAGUGUUGUAAUUUAGAAUUGG